GGGGGAGCACGGCCAGUCUCCCCAUCCCUGUGCAGCGCCGGUUCCUGGGCUGAUCCGAGCUCGCUGCUGCCGGGGCGGCCGGUGUUCUCCUCUCCAUGUAGCAGCGGCUGAAGGUCGCCGAGGCGAACACCGCGUGUGACAAUGCUGGGGAUCAUCAGCCUGCAGGGGCUCACCAGGGACCUGUCCCUCUACCUCGAAAACCAAGUCCGAGUGGGGCUGUUCGGCUCCGGGGUGGGACUGUCAUUGGUGCUGGGCUUCGGUGCAGCCUAUGCCUGCUAUUACCUGAGUGUCAUUGCCAAGGUAAGCCUGGGGUGGGGGCGCUGGGGGGUACUGGUCACCGAUACUCUGCUAGGCUGGAGUGUGAGUGGGGUUCAGGCUGGAGUAUGAGUGGGGAUCAGGCUGGAGUAUGAGUGAGGAUCAGGCUGGAGUGUGAGUGGGGAUCAGGCUGGAGUGUGAGUGGAGUUCAGGCUGGAGUAUGAGUGGGGAUCAGGCUGGAGUAUGAGUGAGGAUCAGGCUGGAGUGUGAGUGGGGAUCAGGCUGGAGUAUGAGUGAGGAUCAGGCUGGAGUGUGAGUGGGGAUCAGGCUGGAGUAUGAGUGAGGAUCAGGCUGGAGUGUGAGUGGGGAUCAGGCUGGAGUAUGAGUGAGGAUCAGGCUGGAGUGUGAGUGGGGAUCAGGCUGGAGUAUGAGUGAGGAUCAGGCUGGAGUGUGAGUGGGGAUCAGGCUGGAGUAUGAGUGAGGAUCAGGCUGGAGUGUGAGUGGGGAUCAGGCUGGAGUGUGAGUGGGGAUCAGGCUGGAGUGUGAGUGGGGAUCAGGCUGGAGUAUGAGUGGGGAUCAGGGUGGAGUGUGAGUGGGGUUCAGGGUGGAGUGUGAGUGGGGUUCAGGCUGGAGUGUGAGUAGGACCAGGCUGGAGAUUGAGUGGGAUCAAUUUGGGGUGUCAGUGGUGCCAGGGUGGAGGGUGAGUGGGAUCAUGAGUCAGGGUGGAGGGUGAGUGGUUCCAAGCUGGGUCAGGUGAGUACAUUAACUCAUGCAUGUCUCACACCGACAGCCCCAGAUGUAAUAUGUGUAUGAUUCUCUAUCGCUGUCACGACAAUGUAUCAAGGAAAACAGGAGCUAUUGUGUGGCAAACUUCUAAAUUCUAUUGGUUUCCAUGGUGACUGCGUUUCAUUCAGCAGGUGGCACCAAAACAGCACCUGACAUACCAUGAUAUGUCUUCCUCUGGGUUUUCCAAUGUCACUGUAAGCCUGUCAUUGCUGUGGUCUGCCCACAUUUUCUCUCCAAUGUACAUAUUACAGCAUACGUGCUCGCAAUGUGGGAGGCAAGUUCUAACCAGCUACAAAUUGAAACAUGGAAACAAAAAUGUGUAAGAUCCGCCUGUGAACGAGAAAUGUGCAGCAAGCAUCAUUCCACCUAUUUCUUCAUAUUCGUGCAUUCAGCACUUUAAAUUAAAAUAAUGAGUAUGUACUACUGCUGCAGGAAAAAUCAGGAAGUAUUGCAAACAAAAUAUCACGUGCAAGAAAUGGUGUUUAAAAAGGACAGCAUGUAUUUUUUGAAGUGUAGUCAGCUAGAACAAAGAUUCACUUGUCAGCAUAUAGAUUAUGUUAGCAAAUGCAUCAUUGAUUUGUAUUACUAUAUGAUCAAAUACAAGCUUUAAAGGUACACUCUGGGCUUGAGCUGACCCUAAGUUUUAAUGCAUCACAUAAAUAUUGCAUGGGAUAAAAUAUAACAUAAAUAUUGCAUGGGAUAAAAUAUAACAUAAAUAUUGCAUGGGAUAAAAUAUAACAUAAAUGAGUUUCAAACUUUUGUUAUUGACAUGAAGCAAUCUGAUACAUUUAGUAUAAUGUAGACAGAAAUGUUUGUAAAACAAGUUAGAAGUUAUGUACUUGGCUUUAUCCAUGACAUUUUGUUUACAAGAGUGGAAAAGAAAAUUAAAUGAUACAAUAGUGAAAACAAUAAAGAAAACUAAUCUAAACAAGUUCUCCUCCAAGCGCCCUGGGCAUUGGAGCUCGGAGUGGGUUCAAUAUCCGGGAUAACUAGCUUGAUGUGUCUUGUUUCGGGAAGGUGAUGUUAUUGUCCUGUUGUGUUUUACACCCCACCUCCUAUAGACUGUAAGCUUGUUUGAGCAGGGUCCUCUUCAACCUAUCGUUCCUGUAAGUUUUCUUGUAAUUGUCCUAUUUAUAGUUAAAUCCCUCCCCUCUCAUAAUAUUGUAAAGGCUACGGAAUCUGUUGGCGCUAUAUAAAUGACAAUAAUAAUAAUAAUAAUAAUAAUAAUAAUUGAACUAUGGGGGAUGGCUGGCCUGCCCCGACUCUGGUCAAAUACCAGUCUGUAAAUUCAAAUGUGGAUUUAAGUUUUGAUUAGGUAAUUCUGUCUAAUGUGCUGAUAUAUGGUUGCCAUGUCCAAAGGAAUUUCUUUGUUAGGGUACUUUUUAUUUAACAAGUUUCCUACCCAGUGCAUGUGGAAUAGGAAAGUAAUUUUUGUGUGUAGUGGUGCUAGUGCGGGGGGAUCUAUCCAUUGACACAGUAUAGCUUAGCGAUCUGCAGCUAAGACCAUAUGGGUUCAUUUUCUAACCAGAUCUGAGUGCUCUGUCGUUACCUCCAGUACUGCCAAUAGUGGCGAGAUACUUUACCUAGUAAUUGUUAUAUAAUGUGUACUACCUGUCUCCAGAAUGCUUCGAUUCCCACACUUCUCCAGAAGCAAUGGUCUCUCCCACAUUUUAUACAACUCUACGAAUCUCUAAGUUUUAGGGAGAAUUGUUUUUGAGGGUAAUAAUACGCAUGAUGCACAAAAGCUGCUUGCCAAGUGAAUUUUUUGGCAGGUAGCUGUUGGGAGCAGUUUAAACAGCUUGAUGGUUAAAUGUUCAUGAGUCAGUGUUUGGAAGCGUGUUAUCCACCUUGACAGGCCCAACUGCACAAUUGUGUAAUCCAAUAGCAAACCUAAAUCAAAUAGGAUUUAAAUUAAAAGAGAUUCUGUUAACAAGACUCUAUCACCGCUUCUGCAGUGAGUUCACUCCACACAAGGACAAUGCUGGAAACUCUCAACCAAUGCCGGUGUUCUCAUUUUAUUCUACUGGAGUGCUGAUCCUUUGCUUUAGAUUUCUUACCCAACACAUUGGAAGAGUGAGCAUGAAUCUGUGCCCAAUGAAACUUUCCUUGAGUGUUGAUGUAAAUGUCAUAGUGGCACAAGCGUCUGUACAAGACUUGUAUGAGGGACAUAGAGCUAUUUGUGACAUGGCUGAACCCCUUGCAAGGAUCACAGGUUGCUUGAAGUACAUUGUCCCUUUUAAGAUAAUAUGUAUAGCUAUAUAGAUCUAUUUCUACUAUUUAUUUAGAAAGUGUUAUAUCAGGAAAAAUCCAUUGAGAUUUUUCCAGCAUGUUCUGGGACACUCAAACAUUACAAUUUUGCCACAGUUUACACAGAAUUAAGUGGAGAGAGAGGCAGACAGUCCAUUUCAGAGAUUGCUUGCUUGUGAAAUAUUUGGUGAUUUUUAGUGGAUUAUUUUAGAGUUGCAGAGCUCUAUGUGAGAGGACUGCAGAAUCCACGUCCAUUUUGUAAUGUGGUGUUAGGGGCUGGAAGUGGACAUCAAGUACAUAGAGGCUGUGGAAAGCGGAUUUAGGUUAUAAACAAUUUAUUAGAUAUAAGGGUAUGAUAGAUGUUUAUUAUCUGUUUUGGUUCUCUUAAUAUAUCAAAUUGUGUUAUUUAUACAUAUCUGUUUUUAUUAAUAGCACUCUGGUUACUGUGGAUUGAGACCUGUGAGUUCCAUAUAAUUAUUCACUAACUUUUGUCUUGUUUGGAUUUCCAAAUUAAUUCCACGUUUAAUACACAGAUCCAUAUUCUCAGAUGGUAGCACAUACUCCCAGAUAUACAUACACAAAGACACACACACACACAGAUCUGUACUCCCAGAUACACAGUCAGAUCCCCACAAGCUCCAAAACACAUGCAACUGCAACACUAACCCCUCACUAGAAACAUAGAAUGUGACGGCAGAUAACCAUUCGACCCAUCUAGUCUGCCCAAUUUUCUAAAUAAUUUCAUUAGUCCCUAGCUUAUCUUAUAGUUAGGAUAGCCUUAUGCUUAUCCCACGCAUGCUUAAACUCCUUUACUGUGUUAACCGCUACCACUUCAGCUGGAAGGCUAUUCCAUGCAUCCACUACCCUCUCAGUAAAGUAAUACUUCCUGAUAUUAUUUUUAAACCUUUGUCCCUCUAAUUUAAGACUAUGUCCUCUUGUUGUGGUAGUUUUUCUUCUUUUAAAUAUAGUCUCCUACUUUACUGUGUUGAUUCCCUUUAUAUAUUUAAAUGUUUCUAUCAUAUCCCCCCUGUCUCGUCUUUUCUCCAAGCUAUACAUGUUAAGAUCCUUUAACCUUUCCUAUGAUGCUUUAAUAUCACACUUGCAAUUUAAAUCCCAAACUAGCAGCAUUAAACCUGUACCUACAGCAUUAAUACUAUACCGAAUGCAUUAACCUUCACAUACAAUUACACACACACACACAGUCACACCUAUAUAGCACCACAGAUACAGUCAUGGACACACACACACACACACACACACACACAAAAAGCAGUAAGAUGUGCAAGCUGCUUCUGCUCCAUCUUCCAUCCCUCCUGCCCCUAAUGGAGUGUAGCCAAAUGGCUUCCUGAGAGGGAGAGCUCGUUCUUAUGACUAAUGACUGCACUAUGGAUUCAUUGCUCAAAGUGUGGAAGGAGAGUGGGGAGCUUUGUCAGAUCCCCUUCACACAUAAGUACAACUGGUGUGUAAUUAAACCUCAUUGGAUAGUCCUGCUGCGCUAUGUUAAAGGAACACUAUAGGGUCAGGAUCACAAACAUGUAUUCCUGACCAUUAGAUGACAGUUCAUCAAUAAGUCAAAAUGAGAGGUCAGAGUCUAAUUCUCAUGCCAUUUUUCUAUGGUCGGGGAUAAAUGUAUUUUUUUUUUUUUUUCUCUGUAAAGAUACUAAUAGCGUAUAUAUUCUGGGAUAUAUCUUAAUUUUAGAAGUCAACAUGUUAACUUCCUUCCCAUACAGCAAUAUAGACAUACAGUAAUGUUUAGUUUUCUUUGCAUAACAGGUUGAACUUGAUGGACAAUAGUUGUUUUUCCACCAAGACAAAUAUGUAACAAAAUAUACCAAAGUCUACUUACUUUUCUUGUUGUGCUUUUCACACAACAAACUACUGUCAUGGCUCUGCUGUGGCCCUCUGAAGGAAAUUGUGUAGCAUUAACAAUGUAUACAUUGUGGCCUUCACUCAAACGGCCACUAGAUGUGUUUUCUGGGCUAGUGCUGCACAAUGUGCAGCACUAACGUCAGCGUCUCCACAGUCUGCAUGGAGAUGCUGAAUGUUCCGCAUUGAUUCAUUGAUAUUACAAUGUGAGCACACUUAGUGCUCUGCUCUUGUCUCAGGACACACUUUGUUUUCUCAACUUCACCUUUUUUUUCUCACAUGACAGAAGCCUCAGUUGGUGAUUGGAGGAGAAGCUUUCUGCUGUUUCCUGAAGCAACACUGCCCAGCGCUGACUGAAACAUACUACCCCACAUUGUGGUGCUGGGAAGGCAGAGUACAGACAUUGCUGAGACCCUUCAUCACUGUCAAACCACUGGUUCAUUACAACAAGUGAGUAUCUGCUGCUAGUCAAUCAUGUUAAUUACAACCAGGUAAUUACAACUAGUAAUUGACAUGACCUAGUUCACCCUCCCUGAACUAGACUCUUCAGUUAGGGAGUUUCCAUAAUCACAGCGCAUGUACUGUGGUUUCUAUGGUUGGAUAGUAGAGGGACCUCCUGUGGGAUAAGGGUAGGCAACCUUUUGCACUCCAGAUGUUAUGGACUAUAUAUCCCCUAAUGCUUUCCCAGCAUCAGGGCCGGCCUUAGGGGUGUGCGAGCUGUGCGGCCGCUUAGGGCGCCAUGCCAACAGGGGCGCCGGGCAACCGACACAGCUCGCACAACCAGGCCCUGUCCUACCUCAGAGCGCUCUUGUGGGUGAAAGAUUGCGCCCCAGCUGGCCGACCCUUAGAGAGUGAGCUCUGCUUUGGUAUUGGCCGGUGAGGAAAUUGGGGACCUCCCUCACCGGCCCGCUGUUUGCACAAUGGGGAGGAGCGAGCAGUGAGCACUUUGAUUCUGCCCUCCUCUCGCGAGCUCGGCAUUCGGAGUGUUGCCGCGGUGUUACCACGGCAACGCACUCAUACUAUCAAAGCAGAGCUCGCAAGAGGAGUGCUCCUGUUCUGCAAGGUGCAGCACUUCAAGAGCUGGCAGAGACCGCUGGACCACCAGGUCAUCAGUAUUCCCCCAUUCCUGCCCAAAGGUAUGCAAGAGGGAGGGAAGAAGAAGGGGGGAAUCAACAUGAAUUAAUGUAAGAAAACAAAACAUGAAAUUGCUCUCCCACCUCCUCAUUUAAAGCCUUAUGUCACCCCUCCUACCCACAAAUCAUCACUAUCCCACCCUUAUUUUGUUACCUACACACACACAACAUCCCCAUACACACACUACACAAUCUACUCACACACAACAUCCCCUAUACACACUACAUAAUCUACUCACAUACACACACUCAGUGGCGUACAUACCAGGGUCACGGUUGUGACCGGGCCCAGCCCACCAGGGGGCCCGGCCACCCCUGCGAACCAGUGGGGGGCCCAGGAUCUGGCCACCUCAGGGCCCCCGGAGGCUGGCCCUGCAGUCACUCCACGGCCGGUCCUGCGGGCGCGCGAGGGAGAACUCUCCCCUGAGUGCUUCCUCUUCAGCUCCCUCGCGCACCGCACUGAUACCGGAGCCAGAAGAUGACGUCAUCUUCCGGCGCCGGCAUCUCUACGUGGCGCGCAAGGGAGCUGAAGAGGAAGCACUCAGGGGAGAGUGCUUCCUCGCGUGCGCGCCAGCCUUCCUGCCCACCCACCAGGUGACUGGCCGCCCAGGAGACCACCAACACCACUGGACCCCAGGGAAUCCCCCCCCAGCACUCCAAAAGGUAAGAAGGCUGGGGGAAUAAAUAAAAAAAAUUAAAAAAAAUAAAGUGUGUGUGUCUGCUUGUGAGUGUGUAUGCUAGUGAGUGUUAGUGUGUUAGUGUGAGUCUGCUUGUUAGUGUCUUAGUGUGAGUGUUAGAGUGUGUGUGUCUGCUAGUGAGUGUCAGUGAGUGUGUUACUGAGUGUGUUUGUGUGUGUGUUAGGGGAUCCCGCCGCCUCUCAGCUCCGAAUGCACAUGCGCGGCAAGAGCCGCGCGCACAUUCAAACCGCCCAUAGGAAAGCAUUACUCAAUGCUUUCCUAUGGACGUUCAGUGUCUUAGAAUCACGGAAGCUCCUUUAGCGGCUGUCAGUGAAACAUAGUAGUUUCUCUGAAACUGCUAUGUUUUCAGCUGCAGGGUUUAAACUAGAGGGAUCUGACAACCAGACCACUUCAUUGAGUUGAUGUGAUCUGGGUGUCUGUAGUGGUCCUUUCAGUGUGUGUGCCUCUGCAUGCACUGGCGUACAUACCGUGGUCGCAGGGGUUGCAGCCCUGCGACCUGGUGCCCGCUGCCAUGUGUUGCGGCCCCCGGCCCGCGCAGAGUAAGCGUGGGGCGGGAGGGGGCCCACGGAUCAAUUUUCGCACCGGGGCCCCAUGGGUCAUGUGUAUGCCACUGCACACACUACAUAAUCUACUCCCACACAACAUCCCCUAUUCACGCUACAUAAUCUACUCACAUACACACACACACACACACACACACUUCACAAUCUACUCACACACAACAUCCCCUAUACACACUACAUAAUCUACUCACACACAACACCCCCUAUAAACACACUAUGUACUCUACACACAUUCACACUAGAUAACUCACAAACACUACAAAACGUACAGACAUACUAUGCUCCCUAUACAUACACACUACAUUCCCUAUACACACAUACUAUGUUCCCUAAACACAGACACCCUACACCCCCUGUUUCCUACACACAUACACAUUACAUCCCCUUUACACACACACCACAUCCCUAUCCCACACCACACUGUUUUCCCUACACACACUGCAUCCCUAUUCCACACACAACAUAAUGGCAUGGCAACUUCAGGGAGACAGGACACUGUUUUUACUCCUAAUGCUAGAGUGUUCAUUCACAUAGGUUUGUUUUUCCCAAAAUUAUACACGUGGGAGGAAUUCUUCUAGCCCAUAUAUAUCUAGAAUUUUCUGCUCUUUAAAAAGACCAGAAAUUGUGUGUACCAUAAUAAGUACAAUUUAACAUGAUUUCUGAGAGUAAUAUUUAUAUAUACAUGUAUAUUAAUAUGGGGGUAUUAUUAUUAUGUGUUAUUACACCUAUAAUAUUUACUAAUGUAUUAAUAAUAUACGUGUAUAUGCAUGAUAUGCCCAGAAAUCACAUUAAUACGUAACACCUAUGUAAUGGAGGCAUAGCACUUUUUACAAAAUGGACUAGGGCAUGUGACCAUGGAGGGGUGCUGUGAAUAUUUUUCGCACAGGGCGCCUAAAGGCCCAAGGCUGGCCCUGCCCAGCAUUAUGAUUGUAAAAGCAUUAUGGGAGAUGUAGUGUACAUCGUUUGCCUACCCAUGCCCUAAGGCCUUCUUUUCACUCAUAGCUAUCUUCAAGGACAUCUCAAGGACAUCUCUCUGGAACAGUUUUAAAGUUCAUGAAGACGUAAGAUGGUAAAGUACGAAAGAAGAUGGAGUCAAGUAAUUAUUGAGGGCUCUGUAGGUUAGUGUUAGCAGUUUAAAUUGGCUCAUGAAGGGUACAUGAAACCAGUGUAAUGAUUGCCAAAGGGCUGAGGUUUUGGGAGUAGCAGUCAGUCAGGAAAAUGAGCCUGGCAGCAGCAUUUAUUACAGGUUGAAGAGUGGUGACGUAUUUGGAAGGCUUAUGAGUAGUGAAGUUGGGCAAUGAUGAGUGCAUGAACAAGUGCCCUAGUUGUGUCUUGAGUUAGAAAAGGGCAAAUGCACUUUUAAGGUCAGAUAAAGGUCAUAUAAAACAGAGGAGUUGGUGUAGCGCUUUGGCUGACCUUAGGAGAUAUAUGCAACGACAAGAAGAGACAGUGCAGGAACUUUUAGUGUGGGAAGUUAAAAAAAACUUUGAGGUAAGUAAGAUGUGCACUUACACUUUUUACGAGCUAAAAUCCAGCACCAAGCAUUUGGGCAAUAUGAACCGUGCCUAGGGAUAUGGUUUAGCACUGGUUCAGAAGGCAAUCCUUGUAGUAAUAAAUAUUCUCGUAGAUAUAUAAACCUUGUAGUAAUAUCUCCCAGAACUAUUCCUUUUGUUGGCCCUUUUAGCCAUCCCUAUGUGAAAAAUUAAAGGGGGAAUCUCAAUUGAUAAUUUACCUUUGGCCCUUUGGGGUCCUAGUCCUUUUCUGAAAGCAUGGGCCACUAGGAUAAGUAGUUUAUCCAACAAGUGCCAUGCUACUCAUCUCUUAGGGUGAGUUGAACUGCUUAGUAAACUGAUAGCAGCCGUACCAUGGUUUCAGUUUACAGAUAUCGUGGUUCACUCAGACCGAGUUGCUUGUGCAAUGUGCUGACGCCUCGUGCAAAACUUGGAUAAAACUAAUCCAGCCCUCCUGGAACGCUUUCUCUGAGCUGAUUGAAAGUAGCUGGAGAUGGAUUUACAUCCUGACAAACAAACCGGUAUCUUUCACACAAGCUGAAGUGGUUAUGGUUAACUAUUCAGUUUCUUUCACAUGAACUCAUAUGCUGACAUUUUCCACCACCAAUCUUUACAAUUGACUAUGAAUAAAGAAUGCCAUGAUAGUACGAAACAGAUCAGUAUGGCUAUUGAAAAACAGAUUUACUGCUUGUGCAUAUGCAUUUCCAAGGCAAAGGGCCUUUCAUUCUUUCAUUGGCUCUAAUGAAAAAAAGGGGGGGGUUAAAGCUGAACAAAUGGUACUGUGUUCUGUAAAACACAGACUGGCAUAUUUAAGUGUUAAGGCUCUUUGUUAAUGCACAGACAUAGAAGCAUAGAAUGUGACAGCAGAUAAGAACCAUUCGCCCAUCUAGUCUGCCCAAUUCAUACAGGGAGACAUUCCCUUAACAAAUGAGAAUGCUUUGUACACUGCUGCACUUGAUACAGUAAGGAAAGGGUAUCGCUUGGCUUCAUUUGAUACAGUUUGGGGUUUAUUCAUAACUCACAGAAUUGUAGUGAAUUGAAACUGCAAAACAUAGGCUUAAAGUGUGAAUAUUAGUAAUUUGAUUUGUAUAAAGCCGUAGCUGCAGUGCAGCAGAGAUCCAUGGGAACACAGUUCUAUUAAAACAUGUAAAAAGGGAACUGAUUUUCCGCACUUCUUGCUGUAAAUGAUUUUUAAAAUUGUGGGAAGCUUUUUGUUCAUUUGUUGUCUAAGCAAGUUUUAAAUCUUGAUCGUUCUGUAUAUAAUCCUAUGCUUUUCCAUUAACACAAGGCAGACAUUUUGAUAGAUUUACACUUGAGGGUGGAUCGGCCUUUUAAGAGUCAGGUACAGCCUAGAGUGAGCGAGGAGUGAUUAAUUUGUUGUCUUUCUAUAGAUGUUGAAUGUGUGUAAUGCUAUAUGCAAAAACAUUUUUGCACUGAUUUUUAUUCAACAUAAUUUUUAUAUUCAUAUACAUCUAUAAGUGUGUUUUACACAGAUGCACUUGGUCACUUUAUUUAUAUAAUAUUGCACUAAUUGAUCCCACUUAUACAAAAUUUUGUGCUUAAAGGCACAGCGCAAUUUCUUUGUUUAUAUUGUGUUAUUAUAGGUGAUUGAGCUUUUUUCACUGUAUAUAGUGCUGCUUAUUACAAAUUACUGUUGUUUUAUAAUUCAGUGCCAUAAUAUUACUUGUGUGUUUUUAUCAUUUUGUAAUGUGAACACUGCCUUUUCUCUGAAACAAAACUGUGUUUACUGCAAAAAGCCUGAAGGGAAUGCUUAUACUCCCCAAAACAAAUACAACAAGCUGUAAUUGUUCUAGUGACUAUAGUGUCCCUUUAAGGAACAAGCUGAGUUAGAAUUGUGGCAGUUACCACUCGGUAGUGUAACUCACACUAAAUUUAGACAGGCCAGGAGAUUAGAGCCCUGGAGUGCAUGAGUGAUUAGAGCAUUAUUAUCCAUUCAUUACAAGUAAAAAUGGAUUACUGGGAUAGAAAAUAGGUGUACCCGUUGAAAUAACAGGAACAUCGUGUCAGUGCUCCUCAACCCUUUCCCCAAGACACACCUAACGGUCCAGGAUUUAGGGAUUACCCUGGUGUGUCUGAGGUGUUUAGAAAAAGAAGGAAAAAACACUUUAGACACACGUGGGUAAUCCCUAAAUCCUGGACCGUUAGGUGUGUCUUGAGGAGAGGGUUGAGGAGCACUGCAUCAUGUAAUAUAUUUAUAACAUGAUAAUGUCAUUGAAGACAUUAUGGAAAAAAACAAAACACAAGAUUGCAUGAUGUUCUGGAGCAGAUUCUUUCCUUGCUCUGCACAUUGUCAGUCACACCAUCCCAGAUUUGUAAAAUACUAAUGUGAGUAGAGAAACCACUAUGUAGGUUUUUUGCACCGUCAGGAUGACCAUUUAGAUUCAUCAAGGUCAUUGCUUUCGUGGGAUAACUCAUGCAUGCCAUGAGACAAGGAGUGUAGUCCCGUUAAUAUGCUGCCUCCAUCCAAGCUGAUUUUUAAGGUCAGCGUUCUUCUAUUGUGCAAACAAGCUGGCAUUCUUUCAAACAAAUGGUUUUUUAAUUGUUGUUGGAGACUGUUCAAGAUGUAGAAAUUAUACUUUUACAUUGCAAUCACCAUGCACAUGCUAAUAUACCCACCAGCUGUUCAUAAGAGUCUACCCUUCUCAGUUAUCAAAUAAGACAUCUAUAGUAUUUGCUUGUACUGCGGAGAAAUCCUAGCUAUUUAGCAGGACCGUUUCCAAUUCAUCCAGCAUUAGUUUGCUCUUCAUAUUGGAGUAAGCAUCUUAAAAAUGUAUUUUUAUUGACUGCUAAUGUCUUCUUUGCAUUUUACCUGUGUGUGUGUGCCUUUCAUUUUCUUUCUUAUUUUCUCCUUAUUUGUUUUUGCAAAACCCACCAGACAUCUACUUUCCUUCCAAAGUGUAGCUACUGCUGACAUUGUGUCCAAAGUUUUUGGGGUUUAUUUUGUCACAUGAGUAGCUCUUAAAGCGUAUCACCUGUUGCAAUAGUCUUACAUUUGUGACCAAUAUGUUUUUUUACAACUGUUAUAUAUAGAUAUUUUAUCCUCGCGUGUCUUGGAAUAUAUUUUAUAUAAAACCCUUACAAUUGUCGUAUAUUGUAAACCGAUUACAAUGGCUGUUUGCAGUUGGUUCUCAUGUGCUUCACUAUGUUCAUUGGUUUUAACUUUACACUGGAGACGGCCAGUCAUCUGCAGUUAUCCUAAAAAAAGGCAGAGGCCAUACAGGUCUGCCACUUGUCAUAAGAUUAAAAAAGUUAUUUGUGCACUAUCCCAAAUUCCGAUGCAUAUGUAAAUAACUGGACGUUUUUUAGUAUCACUAUGACCAUUCACGUGUAAGAUCUCCUGCCAUGUGAAGGCAAAACGUCUUAGGUGAGACGUACGUUGACAAUUCACCAUGCUGUCUUUAGCUAACAAGUAAAAAUCUCUAAUGAGACAGAAAGGGGUAUUUUUCUAAACCCCUACACACUUAUUAACACUUAAUAGAAAACACAUAGGGUUGGUAAGUGACGAUUAUUUUUUCCCCUGAAAAAAAGAGUUCACAGAUGAUAAAUUCCACUGUACUAUUAUAUCUUAUGUAGUUCUGAAUUCAUCCUUUCAUUUUAUCUCUCUCUUCCUAGAUUUGUUCCCUAAUCUGUUUUCCCUCUCUCUGUUUUUCCUCUUACUUCCACCUAACAAAGUAUCUCUUUUCUCUCAUUUCUGUCACUAUUUUCUCUACCUGACUCGGAGAUGUAGUAGCAGAUCACAUGCAAGAGCUAUGUUCUAAUAAGCCAUGCAGAGAACAGUGGUGUGUGUGUGUGUGUGUGUGUGUGUGUUCACAAAUAGUGCACUUGCUGCAGGCAGUGUGUGCUCAUGCUAAACAAGUUCUUGGAGAACUGAACAGGGAAGCUCUGAUUCCCUGGUGAAACACUUACUUGUGUGGAUUGCAAAACAAGAGUUGUGUCCUGCUACUAUGCCUAAUUAGUGAUGUCCCGAACUGUUCGCUGGCGAAUAGUUCCUGGCGAACAUCGCUUGUUCGCGUUCGCCACAGAAGGCGAACAUAUGCGCUGUUCGGUCCGCCCCCUAUUCGUCAUCAUUGAGUAAACUUUGACCCUGUACCUCACAGUCAGCAGACACAUUCCAGCCAAUCAGCAGCAGACCCUCCCUCCCAGACCCUCCCACCUCCUGGACAGCAUCAAUUUUACAUUCAUUGUGAAGCUGCAUUCUUAGUGAGAGGAGGGACAGUGUAGCUGCUGCUGAUUUGAUAGGGAAAUUGAUAGCUAGGCUAGUGUAUUCAGUGUCCACUACAGUCCUGAAGGACUCAUCUGAUCUCUGCUGUAAUGACAGCACCCCAAAAAGCCCUUUUUAGUGCUAGAACAUCAGUCUGCUUUUUUUUUUUCUGUGUAAUGUAAUUGCAGUUGCCUGCCUGCCAGCCUGUGUGUCAGGCUCACAGCAUAUACUGUGCCCAGUGCCACCACUCACUCACUGGUGUCCCAAUAGCUUACAUUUAAAAAAACAACUUUUUUGACUAAUAUAAUAGCAGUCAGUUUCCUUAAUGCGUGUGCGUUUCAGGGCCUGCCAGGGCACAGUGUCACACCAGUGCAACUCAUAUCUGGUGUAACAGUAGUGUACAUUUAAAAAAAAAAAAAUACAAUUUCGACUGUAAUAGAUUGAAUAGCAGUUAGUUGUCUGCAAGUGUGUGUGUCAGGCCUACAGCGUCUACUCUGCCAACUUCUGCCACUGCACAGUGCCACUCAUAUCUGUUGUCACAGUAGCUUGCACGCAUAGUACCACUAAUCUAAAAAAAAAUGACAGGCAGAGGCAGGCCACCCCGCAGGGGCCGUCGUGGUCGUGGUGCUGUGAUUCCCUUUGGCCCUAGAAUAAUGCCCAGUGUUCAGAGGCCACGUACCCUGAACUCGAAAAGUUCUGAGGACAUAGUUGACUGGCUAACACAGGACACCCAAUCUUCUAUAGCUUCCGCUCGGAACCUUGACGCACCAUCCUCCUCCAGCUUAGCUUCGGUCACCUCUCAAGUUACCACUCGUCCGCCUGCCGCCACCACCAACACUAGCACCACAGCAGCUUCACUUGGUAUGUCAGAGGAGUUAUUUACACAUCAGUUGGAAGAAAUGAGUGAUGCGCAACAUUAUUGACAGAGGAUGUAGAUAACCGGGAUAUGUCUCAGUCAGGCAGCAUUACACACAUGGAUGUACGGUGUGAUGAUGAUGAUGUACCCGCUGCUGCUUCCUUUGCUGAGUUGUCAGAUACAAGUGAAACGGUUGAUGACGAUGCGUCCGUGGAUGUCAUGUGGGUGCCCGCUAGAAGAGAAGAAGAGCAGGGGGAAAGUUCAGAUUGGGAGACAGAGAGGAGGAGGAGACAAGUUGGAAGCAGGGGGAGGUUGUCGCAUGAGCUAGUGGCACAGUCAGACAGCAUGCAUCGGCACCCGGGGUCAGCCAGACAGCACGCCAAUCAACGCAUGCUGUUGCCACCACCAGAAUGCCGUCAUUGCAGAGCUCAGCAGUGUGGCAUUUUUUUUUUUUGUGUGUCUGCCUCUGACAACAGCGAUGCCAUUUGCAACCUGUGCCAAAAGAAAGUGAGUCUUGGGAAGUCCAACACCCACCUAGGUACAACUGCUUUGCGAAGGCACAUGAUCGCACAUCACAAACGCCUAUGGGAUCAACACAUGAGUACAAGCAGCACACAAACUCAAAGCCGCUAUCCUCCUCCUGGUCCAGCAUCUUCAGCCACGUUAACCACUGCUGUCCUCCUUGCCCCCUCUCAACCAUCCGCCCCUCCGUCUCUCGCCUUGAGCAGUUCCUGCUCAUCUGCCCACAGUCAGGUGUCUGUCAAGGACAUGUUUGAGCGUAAGAAGCCAAUGUCACAAAGUCACCCCCUUGCCCGGCAUCUGACAGCUGGCUUGACUGAACUCUUAGCCCGCCAGCUUUUACCAUACAAGCUGGUGGAGUCUGAGGCGUUCAAAAAAUUUGUAGCUAUUGGGACACCGCAGUGGAAGGUACCCGGCCGAAAUUUCUUUGCACAAAAGGCAAUCCCCAACCUGUACUCGAUUGUGCAAAAGGAAGUAAUGGCAUGUCUGGCACAGUGUUGGGGCAAGGGUCCAUCUGACCACUGAUACCUGGUCUGCAAAGCAUGGUCAGGGCAGGUAUAUCACCUACACUGCGCAUUGCGUAAACCUGCUGACGGCUGCCAAGCAUGGAAUGCGUGGCUCUGCAGAGGAGUUGGUGACACCGCCACGACUUGCAGGCAGGCCUGCUGCCACCUCCUCUACUCCUCCUACUCCUCUUCCAUAACCUCCUCGGCUGAGUCCUCUUCUGCUGCUGCGUCUUGCUCCACAUCAACGGCACCUCUCCCCCCCCAGCUCCCCAGGUACUAUUCCACAUCCCGGAUACGGCAGUGUCACGCCGUCUUGGGGUUGACUUGCCUGAAAGCAAAGAGUCACACCGGACCAGCACUCCUGUCCGCCCUGAACGCACAGGUGGAUCAGUGGCUGACUCCGCACCAACUGGAGAUCGGCAAAGUGGUUUGUGACAACGGAAGAAAUUUGUUGGCGGCAUUGCAUUUGGGCAAGUUGACACAUGUGCCGUGCAUGGCACAUGUGUGUAAUCUGAUCAUACAACGCUUUGUGCAUAAGUACCCAGGCUUACAGGAUGUCCUGAAGCAGGCCAGGAAGGUGUGUGGCCAUUUCAGGCGUUCCUACACGGCCAUGGCGCACUUUUCAGAUAUCCAGUGGCGAAAAAACAUGCCAGUGAGGCGCUUGAUUUGCGACAGACCGACACGUUGGAAUUCAACACUCCUAAUGUUCGACUGCCUGCUCCAACAAGAAAAAGACCGGGGUGCUAGGACAGCCUCUGUGGAGCUGGGAAUUUUUUUGCCACGUUACUGGCUGCUCAUGCGCAAUGCCUGUAGGCUCAUGUGUCCUUUUGAGGAGGUGACAAACCUAGUCAGUCGCACCCAAGGCACCAUCAGCGAAUAAGCAGAAAGUGCCUGAAAUGUUACCGAAUUACGGCAAGGCGGAAAGGAUGCAGCAGUUCCAAAAUCAAUUAAAAAGUAUGCUUGUCACAGCACAAUGGGAAUCUAACAGGGGAAGAGGUGAAAGUAAUCCUCCUCCUCCCACGACCACUCCGGCAAGGACAGGACGCUUUAGACGUGUUGUUGAUGGAGGACAUGCGGAGCUUUUUUAAGUCCUACGCAUCGCCACAGCCCUUCGGGGUCCACCCUCAGAGAACGACUCGACCGACAGGUAGCAGACUACCUCGCCUUAAUUGCAGAUAUCGACACUCUGAGGAGCGAUGAACCCCUUGACUACUGGAUGUGCAGGCUUGACCUGUGGCCUGAGCUAUCCCAAUUUGCGAUAGAACUUCUGGCCUGCCCGCUUCAAGUGUCCUGUCAGAAAGGACCUUCAGUGCAGCAGGAGGUAUUGUCACUGAGAAGAGAAGUCGCCUAGGUCAAAAAAGUCUAGAUUACCUCACCUUUUAUUAAGAUGAAUGAGGGAUGGAUCCCGAAGGGACUGACAGUGGGCGAUACAUUCGACUAAAAAAGGCCUGAUGAGGGGGACGUAACAGGGUGUCGCGGCUGCCGGCCCGCCGCGUGAUAUUUAAAUCCCUAGCUCACCCCAGUACCUUGCCCUGUCGUGGUUUCCUGUUCCUGGUUUCCUGAGAGUGCUUUAUCAUUGUGAAUCUGAUUUCCUGGUAUCCUGAUCUUGGCUUUUCCCUGGUUAUUCUGAAUUCUGGUUUCCCUGACUUGGCUUGUGUAAAUGGUAUUGUGUAUUUUCUGGCUUCCUUGACCUCGGCUUUCCCUUUGACCAUUCUCUGUCUCUAGCAUAUUAGUCCGGCCAUUCUAAGGUCCGGUUUACGCUCUGUCCUUUUAUUUUCCUUUUCUUGCCUAUGUAUAUGUUUACAUAGUUUCUGCGUGCUGGACCACACUAGUAGUCGUGACAUUGGGAUUAAACUGAUAAGAAUAGUUAUUUAACACACCUUAUAAUAACGCAGAGAGAGGAGUCUGAAGAAGAGGAGUCAGAGGAGGAAGGUGGCUUUGAGGAGGUGGAAGACCAAACACAGCAGGCAUCCCAGGGGGCUUGUUGUCACCUUUUGGGGACCCUUGGUGUUGUACGUGGCUGGGUGGAGGAAGAGACCUUCAAUGACAUCAGUGAGGACAAGGAACGGGACAUGGCUAGCUUGGUAUCCAACCUUGUGCAAAUGGGGAGUUUGCGGUUGUGCAAAUGGACUGUUUGCGGUUGUUUGCGGUGCGUUAAACAGGGAGUUUGGUCUGUCACUGUGAAGCGGGCGUAGCCCUUACACUACCUGAUCGAUACAACAUCAUACCUGAUGUUUUAAAGCCCGUUAUUCCAAACAAUUUAGACCGGAGCUCGGCCACGCUACACUGAGGGACUGACAGGAGGGAACGCUGUGCGCUUCCCUCCUGCCGAUCCCUCUUUUCUUACGUGCCCAGGCUGGUGCACCCUCAUGGACACGCCAGCCCGGGCAGUGCUGCAGCCACCUGAGUCUCUCUAUAGAGCUCUCAGGCAACUGCAGCAUUUAAGGGGCCGGUGCUGCCUAAGUCGCCUAUUGAAAGCACCGGCCCUGCUCCCCUCUUGUCCCUUACUACUCUCCCCUCCUGUCCCUUAGUGUUCUACCCUGUCCCACUGUCCCUUAGUGAUCUCCCCGCCCCCUUUCCCGUAAUACUCUUCCCUCCUGUCCCGGGCAGGGCUGCAGCCGCCUGAGGCUCUCUAUAGAGCUGCAGCAUUUGAGGGCCGGCGCCUAAAGGAAGCGCCGGCCCUGCAGAAGAGGCUGACUAAACUACUGAGGAAACUGGACAAAACUUCUGGUACUGUAUGUCUCCCCUCCAGCCCACCUAAGCUCUAAAAGCACAUUAAAGGUGCUCUGCUCUCCUAUAGGACAUGUGCCUCCUCUGCCGAAUGGGAAUUCUGGCCGUGCCCUUGAUAUCAUCUCUCUCUAUCCUGUCUUCAUUCUCAGGCAAAAUGAAGAAAUUUCUCCCACACCACAAUCUGUUCAGUGGAUAAAGGGUUCUUAUUUGAAACUGACUAAUCAGUUAUUCAUCAGUGACAGGAUUGCUGGCAGUGCUUGUCCAUAACGCCUAAAGUAUUGGAGGGCAAAGAAUUAUUAUAAUUGAACACACCAGGGCCGGACUGGGAAGAAAAUUCCGCCUGGGCAUUUUUUAUUACAGCUGCCACUGAAAAGGGGAGGCGGGGCCAGAUAGGGUGUGUUUUGUUAUCACCAAUGACAAGCAUGCCUCAUCACAAAUUGAGCAUGUUGGUUCAAUGCUCUGCUGAAGACCUCUAGCAUGAGGAAAAGGCCCUGUAUUUGUUCUGCACAUCGCAAGCAAAUAUAAAGGAUCACUAUAGGGUCAGGAACACAAACAUGUAUUCCUGACCCUAUCGGGUUAAAACCACCAUCUAGCCAUCCUGGUCCCCUCAUGCCUCCCUAAAUAUUGUAAAAUCUUACUUGUAUUCAAGUCUUGAGCUGCUUGCUUUGUCACUGUUUCCUUUAGAACUGCCUGCUGACAUCAUCGGAAGUGAUAGCCUGAUCCAAUCACAAUGCUUCCCCAUAGGAUUGGCUGAGACUGACAAAGAGGCAGAUUGGGGCAGAGCCAGCACAAUUCAAACACAGCCCUGGCCAAUCAGCAUCUCCUCAUAGAGAUUAAUUGAAUCAAUGCAUUUCUAUGAGGGAAGUUCAGUGUCUGCAUGCAGAGGGAGGAGAUACUGAAUGUUUGGAUGCAUUUUAGGCAGCCAUGACCCAGGAAGGGGUCUAACAGCCAUCUGAGGAGUGGCCAGUGAAGUCAUCACUAGGCUGUAAUGUAAACACUGCAUUUUCUCUGAAAAGACAGUAUGUACAGCAAAAAGCCUGAAGGUAAUGAUUCUACUCACCAGAACAAAUUCAAAAAAGCUGUAGUUGUUUUGGUGACUAUAGUGUCCCUUUAAUAGCAUUCUUGUACCGUGUUUGCUAGAAAUUUGUCUCUGGUGUCUCCAUAGAUGGGAUACCAGGAGACAAAAAUGCCAGGAAAGAGUAUUGUGCAGUGUGUGUGAGGGGUGUAGGGUGUGCAAGAGAAUGCAAUGUGUGUGAGUGUCAGGGGUGCAUUGUGUGAGGGUGCUGUGAAUGUUUAAGGGUGUAGUGUGUGUGUGUGAGUGAGGGUGCUGUCAGUAUCAGGGGUGCAGUGUGUGUGAGUGAGGGUGCUGGUGUGUGAAUGUUUGGAGGGCUUGUGUGUUGGGGGAGCAGAUUAUUAUUAAUAUACAUUAAUAAAAAAUUGCAUUGAUUGUAUCCCCCCUCCUUUCUUACCUUAUGCCUGGGAGGGUGGACCGUGCUGCUGCCAUCCCUGGUGGUCCUAGUGGUGAGUGAACUCUAGCCUGUGGGACUAGAGUUCACUCUCGUGAGACCCCGAGCGUUGCCAUGACAGAGCUCCUCUGGGUCCUCUCUUGCCUGCCUCCCUGCCUGUAGGCCGGUGAGGGAGAUCUUUGAUCUCCCCACUGGCCCAUGAAGGCACACAGCAGAGUAGGUGCUCCGAUAGCACUGGCCCUUCAUGGACCGGCCGGGGAGAUCCUGUGAUCUCCUCCUACCAGCCUUGUCCCAUGGACAUUGCGGCUCACCGGGCAUUUGCCAGGUGUACCCAAUGGCCAUCCAGGCCUGGAACAUACACACUUGUCUCUUGCCAUUUGUAGAUCGUUCAGUACAUGCACCAGCUGUCUUCUAACAUUGACCUGUGAGAUAUGUUGUUGGAUUGACAGUCAGGAGUCCAGCUGGCUUGCCACAUGUUUCUCAGUGUCUUGGGUUUGAUUGAUGCAAUACGUCCAAUGGUCUAUUAAUACAAUAGUGUAGAUAAUGGGAUUUAUUUUACAAAAAAAAUAUUAUAAUUUGUUAUUAGUAACCAGAUGUAUUACUUUCCAAAAAAUUUAAUUUUUCGUUUUUUCUUACUAAACCAUAUUAGAUGAGAUUAUCAUUAAUUAAAAAAAUGUUCUCUCCAGCAGUCUUGCUAAUCUUUCUCUAUAUAAUUUUCUUGCUCAUUGUGUCUUGCAGCGAGCUUAUUAAAACAGCAGAUGGAGGGCAGAUUUCUCUGGACUGGUUUAAUAAUGAUGGUAAUGCAAUUUAUCCAGACGCCAGUGUGAGACCUACAAUCCUUCUUCUGCCUGGUCUCACGGGAACAAGUCGAGAAUCCUAUAUACUCCACAUGGUUACACAUAGUGAAGGACUUGGAUACAGGUACAGUUCUUUGCUGAGAUAAAGAUAUUUAUUUAUAGCAUCAUAAAUUCACAAGGACACAAAGCGACAUCAUUCAUAUAUCUCACUGGUGAUACUCAAAAAAGCUGGAGCAAGGGGAGCAUUGCCAUAUUAAAUGCUUCACCCCGUUACUGCUAAUUAUCUUGGAAUACACUGUCAGGGUUAUUCAAUAAAGUGAGAAUUGAAAAUAGCCAAACUAGAAAAAAGUUAAUUCUGUUUUCAAUUUUCAGAUUUUGGCCUUAAAUUUGAAUUCCUGGCAAUUCUUGCUUUAGUGUAUAACCCUCUGUGUGUUUCUCAGUCAUUGCUGGGCUUUGACAAAUAUAAUUAUGUAUUUGAAGAAGAGGAGAAAAUUAGGGAAAAAAGAAAACACAAAAUGGCUCGAAAACUAUGGGGAAAAAAACACAAACCUCAAACCCGAAUGUAUUUAUUUAAUUAAUCAAUGGUGAGAUCAUUUAUCCUGACAUUGAAAAAGUCUUCUAAAUUUACUUGGAAAAGGGGAAAUGUCACAGUUAAAGUCUCUGUACUGCUCUCAGCACAAAGAUUAAAUCUUAGAGAAGGGAUGUGAGGCAACAUGAAAGUGUGUACAAAUGUUAAGGGGUUAAUUUAACAAGUCAAGAAGACUUGCUCCUAUUUCAACACAGAAAAAAAUGCAGCAAAGUAGAAGCCCCUGGAGGGUAUGUAUACUGAUAGUCUAUUUUGGAGAUCAAUCACCUUUAAAAAUAGCUUUAUUUCUCACCAUGGCUAUGAGCCAGUUAUGCAGAAUAGUACUUACUGAUAGAAAUUCCACUGACAGAAUGUUAAGAGAAUAGAACUUGCUGUGAUACUUAAAGGACAACUCUCACCUCAACAUUAUUUUUUAAUGUACUAAGACUUUCAGUAGGUUUUGAAAGGAAAUGGUACUUAUGGUUUUCAAACAUUGUCUGACCGACUGGGUAUGUAUAUGGCUAAGGGGUACUAUCAUAUACUAAUGGUAGAGAUGAGUUUUUACAUUUUUAUUUUUUAACAUAAACUUAAUUUAAGAAAGAAUGCUUUUUCUUUCAAGACUUUAUUAAAAGAUAGUGUUGCAGUGACCGUUCUCCUUUAUUAUCAAAUAUUAUUUAAUUUAUUAUUAAAAAUAAUACGCAAAUAAAUGUUUUGUGGAAAGCAACCCAAAAGGUAAUUGAAAAAUUUUGGGACGUCCCCUUGUGCUCUCCUCUGUCUCAUUUAGCCAACUGCUAUUUGUUUAUGAUUCUUAAACGCACACAUACAAAAAAACAAGGAUAAAAAAAUCCCAUCCUAUACAAAAACUGAAAUAUUGUUACUUUUACUAUUGUACUUUCUUGCUGAGAUCACAAAAUAAGCUAACAUUUAUAUUCAUUUAAUGACAACUUUUGCACAUUAACUUUUCUUUUUUUACAAGGACCACUAUCUUUCUAUGUGUAAAGUGAAACAUUAUAUUAUUUAUCUUAGACACUCUAAGCACCAAAACCAUCUUAAUGUAGUGGUUUUAGGACAGAUGCUGUACCUCUACUUGGACAACUUAAAACGACAAUGUUCACUUUGACCAAAAGCACAUCUCUAGCAGCUGUCAUACAGAGCACUGCUAGAAACACUUCCUCACAGAGAAGCAUUGUGUUCCAUGCUUUUUAAUGAGAAGCAUCAGGUUGGACCAAAGAUCAUUAGACUGGUGGCUUGGCCUGCUGUAAUGAGUCUAUUGGUGGAUUUUUCAAGAAAAUUUUUACUACACCACAAAGUGGGAGCUCUGAAUCUAAACUAACACUAACUAAAUAUAUUUUUAACAUUCAAGUAUUUAUUUAAAAAGGAAAUAAACAAAAACCGCCCCUUUUAAUUCUAGUCCAAAUAAUUUUGUAUAGUUAUUUUUGUUUAAUGUGACAUUGUGAAUUAUGCUUUUGCACGCGGCCAUGGUUAAUACAAGCUUUAUAAAGCUCUUACCCCCUGACCAGCUGCUACUGCAGUAUAUUCUGCUUACACCUGCCACAUUUGGAAGAGUGCUUGCUAAGCAAUUAGCUGUGAUACUGUAAAGUGCCUGAUAAAUGAAAACCAUGUUUCCUUGCUCAUAAGUAAUCUUAUUUAGAUAAUGUGGUAAUCCAGAUGUUUGUGCAUUAUCUGCUAAUCUAGUGAAUUCUCUGCACUUAAAUAGAUGGAUAGGAUAGAGUUAAAAUGUACUUUAUGGAAAAACUAUAAUAAUCCACAUGUUUGACUCCUAUGAUAUGAUUUGUGCCUGUGUUAGUCCCAUGCACUUUAAAAACUGAUUUCCCGUGCUGCAUGGUUAGCCAGCCUCUUUCCUUAAAACUGAAUUGGAUAUUUUUUUCAAUUUGGCUAAUAUGGCCUUAAAGGAAAAUGCUAUUAUAAAUUUUAUUUUUCAAACAAUUUAGUAAAUGUACCCCCAAAUUAAAUGUGCGGCUUGGGGAAUACUCAAAUUAGAGGGUUCUCAUUAAAGGAAUACUCUUGGCACCAUAACAACUUUAUUAAAAUAAUCUUGUUAUGGUACCAGGAGGUUCCUGGCGCUAGCUUACCUUUAGAGGUUAAACAAUUCAUGAAUUGUCUUUACACUACUCAGAAACUUGAAAGAGGAAUCCAGUGGCUCCACUGAUUGACUGAGAGCAUCAGCUAAAAGAUUUAACUUCUAAAGUUAAGCCGGCACCUGGGAUCUCUUGGCACCAUAACAACAUAAUUAACAUUACGUUUUUAUGGUAUCCGGAGUUUUCCUUUUUCAAGCCUCUCUGUUGGAGCCGCAAGUGCAUACAUGCUCGUGGAUGCUUCUCAAUAUGCUAUAGCACAGGCCACUGAGAAAAAGGAGAAGCAGGUAUGUGCUAGCCCAAUGCACCUGACACUUCUGUGGGGCUAAAGAAAAUGGAAUAAAACCUUCUGGCUGUCUGACAGCUGGGAAGGUGUUUUAACAAAGUUUUAAAAAAGAGUUGAUUUAUAUAGAAAUCAGCACUUUUAAAAACUGUCACAAAUAUGACACUCCAUACACAUAAAGCACUUUAACAAGCAGACCUGCUUUAUUUGUCUGGAAUGUUACUUUUUCACCACAAUUCACAGUUUAGCAAAUAAACUGCUUUGUGUUACUCCCACUUAUUUGUUGUGUAUGAAUAAUGCAAAAACUACAUCUAUUCCAAGCAAAGUGAUCCUUUCUAGCUUUAUUCGAAUACAAAUUUCCCAUUUUAAAUAUUACUAGACGUUUUUUAUCAAGGAAGGACACCGGCAUCACUCCCUCUUUAAAGGAGAAAUUACACUUUUUAAAUAACCUAUAGCUUGUGUUAACCUUUAUUCAUGUGAUGCUUCAUAUUCUUUUAAAUGUGUAUUAAGCAAUUGACAUUAUUGUUCAUUUCUGGCACAAACACAGCACAUUUGUACAAGGAGAAAUAAAAAUAAUGGUGGAAAUUUUAUUAAAUUGUCUUGUUCUGAAAAAUGGUGAAAGAAAAAAAUGGUACGACAAGUUGGGCAAUCGCCAUGGAAACCAAGGGAACCAGCCGGUACAUUUCAUUAGUGACACCAUUUCGCCACAUUCAAAACAUAAUGCUUUGGUAAAUUUCCAUCAUUGUUUCUGAUUUCCUUCUCUCUUUAUGCUGACUGACAGAUGCAAAAGGUAACGUGUUUUUUUUUUUGUUUUUUGUUUUUUUUUUAAAUUAAGAUCUUAAUUGAGAUUUUAUGUUGCUUAGCAAGACAAAAGCAAGAAAUCAUAAACAUGUUUUCUAGUGGAGACUAACGAUAACAGGUAAUCGAUAACCGGGACGAUAAUUCAAGUGUGCAAGGAUGUACACUAUAGGGAGAGCCAGACUGAGGGUAUUUGUGUGGUUGUGGGUGUUUGUGUAUGUAUCUGUGCAUAUGUGUCAGUGUUUGAGGAUCUGUGUGUGUGUCUGUGCAUGUGUACUGAUCUGUGUGUGUGUGAAUUGGUGCAGGUGUGUAGUGUGUGGAUAUGUGCGUGUCGAUCUGUGCAUAUGCAUGUACCUGUGCAUGUGUGCCAUUGUGCGAAUCUGUGCAUGUUUGUCAGUGUUUGAGAAUCUGAUUUUGUGGAUUUUUGCAUGUGUUUUAAUCUGUGUAUGUGUGUCUUCGAGUAUAUCUGAGAAUAUGUGUCCAUGUGCAUCUGUGUGUUGCAGUCUGUAUGUGUGUGAUAGUGGAUGUCUUUAUGUGAAUACGCUCUUGCAAGCAAACACUAACGUUUCAUACAAAUGCACUACUGCAUGGGUGCCCAACCUUUUGGCUUCCUUGGGCCGCAUUGAGCGCAGAAGAAUUGCCUUGAGCCGCACAUAAAAUCUAUAACGUAAAUAAUGUAUAUAAUAAAACUAAGAAAGCACUUUUCUUAAAUUUGUUUAGUAGAUAACUCCCUUAUUUGUUAUGCUUACAUGGGAUUUCCAUAUUUAAGGAGAACAGUUUAGGGAGCUAUCUACUAAACACAUACACAUAACCACACACACUAUCACAGACCUCCACACACAUAUAUGAUCACAAACCUAUACACACAGUCACAUACAUAAACACCCACACAAUCACAAAUGUACAUACAAUUACAGACCUAUACACACAUGCAAACACAGACCCACACACGGACAUAGUCAUUGAUCUAUCCACACAAUCAAAAAUAUACACAAAGUCACAGACAUACAUAUAGGGUGUUUGUGUGUGUGUGGGGGGGAUGCUCUGAGUGUGUGAGGGGUUCAGUGUAUUAAGGGUUCAGUGUGUGUAUGUGAGAGGUGCUCUGUGUGUAUAUGAGAGGUGCAGUGUGUGUGUGUGUGUGUGUGUGUGUAUAUGUGAGGGUUGCUGUGUGUGUGAGGGGGGUACAUAGGAAUAAGGGAUUUUUUUUUUUUUAAAUAAAUUUUUAAAAAGCUUCAUGUUCUCCCUCCCCCCCACCCCCCCUUCCUACCUUUGGUGAAGGGGGGGGGGGACACUGCCAGCCCUGGUGGUCCAGUGGUGGGUAGUGAUGAAUAGGCCCUUUGUUAGUAAGAGACAGGACCAGGGAGGCAGUUCCUCCCACGAGCAUGCUGGUCAGAGUGUUGCAAUGGCAACUUUACGCCAGCUUUCUGCUCGCGGAAGAAAUGAAGAAAGCCUGCAAACAGAGGCCAUGGCAACACUCUGACCAACAUGCUCGCGGGAGGAACCUCCUCCCAGGUCCUGCCUCUCCAUUAUACCCAAAAAUUCACAUAUACAUAAAAAAACACACCUUUACAGGGGUGGGGCCUAACCAGCAGGGCCUGACUGGGGAUUCCAAAGCAGCCCUGGAAAAAAAAAUCUAUGCCAGCCCCAUAAGUCAUUGCGCCAUAAAUUGUCGCAUGUAAUAUGUAAGGCUAUGUCUUGUCACCCUAGAUGAUUGAGAUAUAUAUCUAUAUCUAUAUAUAAUUUUUUAAAUUUUUUUUCCAAUAUAAAAUAUUGGUCCUUUCAGAGUAAAAUUUUUAAUUAUACAGUAAGCAUACUCAAAUGCAGACACAGACAAUCUCACUGAAAUACAUAAGGUCAUUGACAUAAAAACACAAGCUCACUCAGUAGCAGGCGUACACACACACACACACAAGCAAGCCCACUUACUAGCAGGCGCGCACACACACACAGCCUAAUGUAGUGGCUCUGGUGUCUAUAGCCUGUUCCUGCAGGCUUUUCAAUGUAAACACUGACUUUUUAGAGAAAAGGCAGUGUUUACAUUGCUUCCUAGUGACAGACACUCAGUCACUAGAGGUGCUUCCUGUGUCAGUGCGGAUUGGCUGAGAUCAUCAAGCUUGAUGAUCUCAGCCGUAGAGGCAGGGCCAGUCGAGGGGAGUCCAGCACGAUGUGGGAAAAAAAAGAUGAGUAAAAACACACAUACACAUACCAUGACACAGACAGACUGUGACACAGACACACAUUACAUGACACAGACACUCACCAUGACGCACAGACACACACACCACGACACAGAGAAACUGUGACACAGACACACACACCGUGACACACACACACCAUGACAUACAGUCACACACACACCAUGACACAGACAGACCGUGACACGGACACACACCAUGACGCACACACACCACGACACAGAGAAACUGUGACACAGACACACACCGUGACACACACCAUGACAUACAGUCACACACACCAUGACACAGACAGACCGUGACACAGACACACACAUUACAUGACAGACACACAAUAACACAGACACACAUUGCAGGACACAGUCGCGCACACACAAUGACACAGACGCACACACAAUGACACAGACAGACACACACCAUGACACAGACACACACCAUGACACAGACAGGAGGCUCUCCUCCUCCUAAUUUAAUUCUCUGAAACUAUGUUUAUAGAAAAAAAGGGUUAAUCCUAGAUGGACCUGGCACCCAGACCACUUCAUUAAGCUGAAGUGGUCUGGGUGCCUAUAGUGGUCCUUGAAAAAAGAGACACACAGACACACACACACACACCAUGACACACACACAUUACAUGACACAGACAGACGCACACACCAUGACGCACACACACACCACGACACAGAGACUGUGACACAGACACACACACCAUGACAUACAGACACACACACACCAUGACACAGACCGUGACACAGACAGACACACAUUACAUGACAGACACACACACACAAUGACACAGACACACAUUGCAGGACACAGACGCACACACCAUGACAGACACACACACAAUGACAGACACACACCAUGACACAGACACACACACCAUGACACAGACACACACACACACCAUGACACAGACAGACACAAUUGCUACCUGUGUGCUGGCAUGGGGAGCUCUUCUGGCGGACGCUGGCUGUUCUGUCUCUGCUCCCCCUCCCCAGUGCACUACAAAGAGACCGGGGCCGGAAUAUGAUGUCAUAUUCCGUACCCGGUCUCAUUAAGCGGCGCGCUGGGGAGGGGGAGCAGAGACAGAACAGCCAGCUCCCUCUGCAGCCGCAGGUGAGCCAGCUGCCAGCCCGGCCCCAGGUGCCGAUGGCCCACCGGGAAAUUUCCCAGUAUCCCGGUGGGCCAGUCCGGCCCUGCUAACCAGCAUGGCAGCCAAACAUGCUGAAUGUGAGCUCCUAACAAAAAGCCUGCAAAAUCUACUUCUGAAGUGGGAUUAACUUUCCAAACAACACUUUCAAACCUGUUCCUGUAUGCAAUGGAGCUUUGAUGUGCCUGUUUGGAGCCUCACUUCCAGAUAUAUAUGGCUCAAAACUUUACCGCGGCCUACAAGCCUGGAGGGGAGAAACUGCCGAUCUCCCAGCCUAGACCUGCUGGUGAAUACACAGUGUGAAUUGCCUGCCCAACUUGCCAUCGGACCGGUGGGGUUUAUCCUGGUCCCCACCAAGGGUGCAAUCACUGUGGACUCUGAAUUGCUACAACUUGUGGUGACUUAUUCUGAAAAACCUUGUGGCGCAGUUAAAAUGGCCACCACAAUGACUAAUCUUCCCACGGGCGACUGGGUAGCCAGAUUCCAAGCAACGGAUUGUUUUCCUGGCACUGGAGAGUCCCUUUAAGCAUGUGCCUGGCAGUGGUUCUAUGCUAGAGUGUUAGUUUUCUUUUACCGUUUGCUUUCAGAUGCCUACCUUUUUGUUUUUAUCACUUGGCUAACACAGCAUAUUUUUGCAGUCUCACAGUGGCAUGCCAUUUAAUACUGGCAUAUAUUUUAACUAUCUACCUGGUGGAUUCCCUCAUGUUUUUUAGCAAUGCAUAGCUGAGAUGUCAUAGUUUAUGUUGCACCUUUCUUAUAUACCGUUAACCAGCUGUGAUAACACAGUAUAGCUUGACUCUUAUGUACUAAUACAUUGUGACUAUAAUAUGCAAUAUAACAUGCCAUUUACCAUUGUGCAGUAUUCUAGCCUAAAUUUUGAUGUUUCUUUAAAAAAAAUUUUUUUAAUCGUGCUUUUUUUUUUUAAUUCUUCAUUUUUCGCUCUGCCAUUCAAGCGUGGCUACAAUAGUGCAAACAGAUGUGAAUACAUGACCGCACAAGUGUUGUUGAUUCGUAGUAUAAAAUACAGGGUAACAAAGUUAGUACAAGCAUCUGUCACAAACUGUGCACCUUUGGUGCGUCUCUGCCAGAGUUUUCAUUUACGUUGGUAAUCAGAUAAAGAGAAAGAAAAAGAAAAGCAUUUGAAAGAAAGGAAAGAAAUAACUAUGUACAACUGGCGACUUAUUGAGGAGUGUGCUGUGCCCUAAACUCUCAGGAUGGCUAAGCGUAUGUGUGUGGUAUCCCAAGCUUGCCCAGGUAGUUCAGGCUUGCCCUCUCCGUCUGCCCUGUCCCUGCUCCCCACCGUGAUCUGUCAAUCCGUCAUGUACGCAAUCGGCAGGGUUAGACAGUGUUGAAGUUUUCCUCUCCUCGUGUUUGCUUACAUUGUCUGAGGUAUUCACCAAAGAUAAAAGCAGAUUGAUAAAGAAUAGGUAGAUAUAGAUAAGUAUAAUGUUCAGUAUGUUGAAGUACAAAGAGUUGGUGGUCUCCUGUGAACCGAGAAUCGUGCUGUUAUUUUAAUGCCAUGCUUAUGUCUUGCUCUGUUGAUCUUAUUGUGCUUGCUCCUGCUGUCGUUGCAGCGCAAGCAUUUUUGGUAUAUUAUGAACAACAAAUUCCUACAGAAGCAAAUGGUAGCUAAACAGCUGGCAAAGCGUUGUGAGAGUUGUACAACAGUUGAGGAUCUACCUUUUGACCGCUCCUGCUCUACAAGGGGGCUCAAAAUGUUUUUGGUUGUGUUUUUAUUUUUUUAUUUUUUGCACCUGGGACAUUAAUUUCUUCACUGUUGUAAAUAUAGGAGAAAUGAAUAUAAAACAUUUAAAAUCUUGGAAAGUGUCAAAAUUCGCCAAUAUAUAUAGUAUUAAAUGUUGAUACUGUACAAAUAAGGGGCUGAUUUAUUUUGUAGUAUAUAUUGAUUUACAUGUGUCAAGACACCUAUUCAAGAUUGUAUGUAUUUGGGGACAUUACACUUAUAAGCAAUAAUGCAGAUCGGUAAAUUGUUUGUCACAUGUUGGAUUUGUAGAUGAUCAUUCACAAACAAAUUCAUUUCCUCUAGGUGUGUUGUGUUCAACAAUCGAGGGGUCGCUGGUGAAGAUCUUUUGGUAAGUCUUCAUAAAGCUACAUAUAUUUUAAAUAUAUUUCAGAAUAUGCAUGUUUGUUUUUGUAACUGACAUUUGUUGGUAUGAAUGAACGCUCUGAUUACAUUAUCACUUUUACAGACCAAAACAAAAAUGUAUAAAACCUGUUAUUGAAGCCAUAACAACAACAACACACACAUUGCAAUUUCUGUAUUUCCAUGUGAUACAGUAAAGCGAUUUGUAAAAGCUUUUUGCUAAACUAGAUUUCAUAAACUGAAUGUAAAAUGCAUUAAUUAAUUGCAUAAAAAUGGUUGCAAUCUGAGUUUACAAAAAUAAGAGCAAUAAAUGUUAUAUAAUGUAACUGGAGGGAGGGAAGAGAAAUGCUGGUUAGUGUACUAUGGGGAGAGGAAAGAGACGGUAUUAACAGUUUCAUAUGUCUUCUUGAAUUAGUCAAUUAUUAGAUUUUUUUUUUGCAAGAAUGGAGACUCGGGGCGACUGAAAUAACAGUUAAUGUGGAAGAAAGCAUUUUUAUCUGAAUAACAUUUUAAAUACAAAUACACAUUGUUUCUGGAUUUUUAACUAUUGAUCUUGAAAGUCUUGAGCAAAUCCACCUUCUAUGGGAAAAUGUAUUUUUCAUUGAUCUGAUUUCUAAUUUAUUGAUUUUCUUUAUCGUGAAUUAGAACUUUUUUAACUGAACUUUAUAAUAGUAAUAACAAUUACAUUUUGGCCUCUGAGAAGCAAACAGUUUUUUCAGCUGUAGAAUUGGAGCCUGGGAUAGGAACAAGGAUAAGGUGUCGGGUUGCGUACAAAGAUUGGGGGGUAACCCCUAGAAAUAGAACUAAAUAAGAGAGAAAAGAAACAAAGACAGAGAAACCAGGAAUAAAGAAGUAUAUAUAUCCUAAAGGUUCCCUGUGAUUGUUAAGCAACCCAAAAGUAAAAGAUAAAAUAUAACUUUUAUUAAAUGCCUUCUAAAAGUCAAUAACUAGUAAAGUGAGUAAAUAGAGUAAGUAAAAAAGGCCUACUAAAGGGAGAGGAGAAUAGAGUUUCUGCAAUAGCUCAGUAGUUCCAAAGAAUGUAGAAAGAAUAAUGAUCUAGUGGAUGCUAUAAAACAUCCCAUAAAGUCUAGAAAGUAUUAAGCUAUAUAACCCUAAUGUAGUAAUUGCUGACUCCUAACUCCCAUUAAUCUAAGGCUGAAAUCAUCUGCCUAGUAAAGACAAUCAACAAAAACCUCAAAGGAAGGUGCUAAGAGGUAGAAAAUAUUAAGUAAUAAACUAGAGAGAGGGUGAUAAUGUCUAAAACAUUAUACUAAUUCUGGCUGCAGCAUCGUCCCCACAAAGUCUCUAACCACCCGCUCAUAAAAAGUCCCGACGCGCGUUUCGCCACGAGGGCUUUUCAAGGGAACCGGACUGGACGCCGGACGAGGUUUAAAUAACCCGCCCUCCGCUGUGACUGGUUAGAAAGGUCACCAAUCACAGAUAGGGGGGGCGGAGUCAAGUGCCGAAACCGGUUUGUCCGAAAUCACCGGGGAAACCGGCACGGAAAGUAAAUAAUGGAGACACAAUUAACUUAUGAAUCAUCAAGAUAUUAAAUAGGCAAAUUGAAGCAAAAUAUUAUGUCAGAAAAAGUACCCACAAAAAUAUAGUUAUGAGGAGAAGAAAGACAUAUCCAACAAAGUAACAAUAAGGCAGAUUCGGAUACAUUAGUAUCACUACAUGACAAGUACAUAAGUAGUGAACAGUCUAUAGACAAAAAAGUAUAAAUAGUUAUGUAAAUAUUGCUCUACCAGCUAACAAAAUAAUAAAAACAAACUUAUAAUGUGAAUUCUGAGGGCAAAAAAUGUAUAUAUAGCCCAAGAUCAUUUAGGUCAAUUAUGUUCUUACAAAAAAUUAAUUAAUAUAGAGAAAUAAUGAAUAGGGACAACAUGUCCAAACUGAUAGGACCAGAAAAUCUAUAGAACAAAGUAGGUCCAUCAGUGUUAAAAAAUGAUGGAUCAGGAUAAAACGAAACUUACAAGAAUAAUAUUAGAAGUAAUAGAAAAACUAUAAAGAAAGGGGGAGAGAUAUUCAGUAAGAACUGUAUAUAAUGAGUGUAAACAAUGACUAAUUGCGGCUAUGAUACACAUUGGGAACCAGCAAAGGGCCCCAAUGGUAAAAGAUUUUGUCAAAGAUUAUAAAAUUAAAGAGAGAACCAGACAGACAGAACUAAUCAAGUGUGGAUAAAAGGAGUAAAAUUAAACUCCUCAUUCAACCCCUUGGGGUAUAAUGUUUGAAACAAAUAAAUCCAACGGGAUUCAGCUUUCAGUAGGGCAAUAUUGAUGUCCCCUUUUCUGUGGUUCAAAAAAACUUUUUGAAUUACUUGAAAUUUGAGUACAUUAGGUCUGGAAUCAUGGUUUGUACGUACAUGUCUGGCAAUCGGAGUAUCCAAAUGUAAAUUGGAAAUAGAAUUAAUAUGUUGCAGGACACGUCGACGUAACUGUUGGUACGUCUUGCCGAUGUACUGUAAUCCACAGUCGCAUGUAAUAAUGUAGACAACGUUGGUAGAACCACAGUUGACAAAAGAGUUCACCUCGAUGUCUUUAGCGGUUUUAUGAUUCCGUACUCCCUUAGAUGGUAAAAUGAAGUCACAAGCCUUGCAGUGCCCACAUCUAAAAAGACCCUUGGUCUGAAGCCAGGUAGAUUUAGUUGGUAUAGGUUUCAAAUGACUUUGAGUCAAAAGGUCUGCGAGGUUCUUAGCUCUUCGAUAGGUUACAGAAGGUUUGAUAGUAAUGGUAUUCUUGAGGCAUUUGUCAUAUUGGAGUAAUGGCCAAUUGCGGUUGAAUACCUGCAGGGUGUUGUUCCAAUUUUUAUCAUAAGUCCCUAUCAAUCUGGUGACCCCAGCGUUAGGUUGAAUAAUCUUAGGGAGUUUAUGUAAGCUCUCAGAUCUGUCAACGGUUCUCGUUCUUUGGUAGGCUUUUUUUAGAAUACGAUUUGGGUAUCCUAGACUCUUGAAUCUCUGUCUGAGGGUUUUCGCCUCUCUUUCAAAAUCUUCUGGAUUGGAACAGUUUCUUUUUACCCUGAGGUAUUGGCCAUAAGGUAUGUUAGCCUUUAUAUGAAAUGGGUGAAAACUGUCCCAGUGUAAUAGACUAUUCGUGGCGGUAGGUUUUCUGUACAGUGAAGUGGAUACUGAACCAUCUUCUGUCAGAGCAAUUGUGAGAUCCAGAAAGACUAGGUGACUCUCAUGAAUAACAUGAGUAAGUUUAAGAUUGAUAUGGUUAAUAUUCAAUACGUCAACCCAAUCUUUGAAUGAUGAAAAAGAGCCUAACCAAAAGAUUAGCACAUCGUCAAUGUAGCGAAACCAUUUGUAGAUUGACGAGGUGUACAUGGCAUAGGGACUGGUGAACACUAUUGUUUCUUCCCACCAUCCCAAAAACAGAUUAGCGUAGCUGGGUGCACAAGAAGAGCCCAUCGCAGUGCCCUGUAUUUGUAAGUAGUAUUUCCCGUUGAAUGUAAAGUAAUUAUGAGUAAGCACAAACUGUAAUAGAAGCAGGAUAAACUCCUGUUCCUGUAGAUUGAAGGUUUUGGCUUUUUGCAGAAAGUAGGCUACUGCUGCUAGACCCUUGUCAUGUGGAAUGUUGUUAUAUAAUGCCACUACAUCCAGACUAGCCAGGGAUGUAUAGGGGGGCACGGUAAGAUGUUCCAAGGCUAGAAGUGUCUGUUUAGUGUCCCGUAUGUGUGAUUUUAAACCUAUUACCAGGGGUUGGAGCAGCUUGUCCAAAUAUUGGCUUGCUCUCUCAGUUAGGCAAUGGUUGCCAGAGACAAUUGGUCUGCCUGGAGGGUUCAAGAGGUCUUUAUGGAUUUUAGGAAGACAGUAAAAAGUAGCAAUAGUAAUAUUGGACUGAGAAACAAUAAACCUAGACUCAUGUUGAGUUAUCACAUUGUUAGUUAAAGCUUUUGAUACUAGUGAUUGCAAUUCAGCCAAAAACGUUUUCGUAGGAUCUUCCUUCAAAGCCUUGUAGACCAUUUCAUCCAUGAGAUGUUGCAUACACAUGUUAACAUAUUGUUCUCUUUGCAUGAGGACAAUGUUGCCUCCUUUGUCAGAUUGUUUACAGACAACAUCUGUUGCUAGCCUAAGCUCUUGUAAAGCCAGUUUUUCUCCUGCUUUAAGAUUAGAAAUGUGUGAUGAUGGAGGGAUCUGAUUUUCUAGUUCAUUGGUACAAAUCUGCACAAACAGAUCAAUACAAGGAAAUUCCUUCAAAUUGGGGGUAAACCAGCUCGGAGGUUUAAAGUUAGUUAGGGAGUCAGGAGUACCCUGUUCAGAGUGUAAGUCCAUAAGUGUAUUGAACAGUGCCAUGUCCUCAGGUGAAAGGCCAAGAUCUUUAAGUUUUUUUAAAUUAAUCUUUUCAUGUAAAGCAUGUAGGGCCAAUUUGCGGCCAAAUAAGUUCACAUCUUUGGCCCAGUCAAAUUGGUUACUUAUAGGUGUUGGUAUAAAAGAAAGACCCUUUUGAAGAAGUGAUAUGUGUCUUUGUUUUAGGAUAAACUUAGAGAGGUUUAUUAUCUUAUUGUCCUGUGUUUGCACAACUAUUGGUAAUUGGUUUUCUGUGUCUUGUAUCCCCACUUGUUCCUGUCCCUUAGUCUUUCCCUUUGGGGCUGUGGCCAAUCCUGAUCUAAAAAAGUCAGGGAAGAUUGAGUAGGGCCUGUGGAUUCAAGUCUAGGAUUUGUAGUAGCAGUUUGAACCACAGGGGGGUCCAUAAAGGUUAUGUUCCUAUCAGUAUUUCUCAAGAUACCUUUGGUUUGUCCUGAGGCAGUAUGUUGAGUAAACCGAGUGUUUUGCCUUUUAUGGUACCGAGGUCUGGAAUCAGAUUCAGACCAUUCAGUUUCAUCUGAAGAGGAAAAACCUUUAUUAAAUGAUUUGUUAACAUUAAAUCUCCUUUUGUUCUUAUUUCUAAAGAUAUUCCCCUCUUGAAAGUCCCUAAAAUCCCUUUGAAAUUUGUAAUGUUUCUUUUGUUUGAUACUUCUUUUAAAACUUUCUAAGUUCUUGCUCAGCUUGCUCUCCAUAGCUGGAAAGCUAGGUUCUUUAUCAAAAUUCCUGAUAUUUUUAAUUUCAACGUCUAAUUCUCCGUUGGUUUUAUCCAAAUGUUGUUGUUCUAAUUGGAUUAAAAACUGCAUAAUUUUAGCAGAGCAAUCUAAAAGGAUAGAAUUCCAUUCUGCUAACUGUUCGUCAGUCUUGACUUUGUCAGGUAGCAGAAUGUCCGGUCUAAGGCCUCUGGGUACCAGUUUUUGUUCAAUGUAGUGUCUUAGGCUGGCUAGUUCCCAGAAUCCCCUUAAUUGUGUUUGAUAUAGCUUUUGUAUUGAGAAGAAAGCCUGAUUGAUAUCCUUGGGUUCAUUUUGUAAAUUACCCAAAGGUUUAUUAGAGAAGACAUUAUUAACGUCUUCAGAUGAAUAAUUAGGAUGCACCACCUGUUCUAGAAGGUCUGACAUAAUUAUUAGACUUCAAAAUGACUACUACCAAUAAAUGUACAAUUAAGAGUAGUAAGUGUUAAACAAAAAUGAUAGUAAGAAUAUCCUGUCCUAUAAAUUGGUAUUGAAACCUGAUGCAAAUAUAGAAUUGGAGCCUGGGAUAGGAACAAGGAUAAGGUGUCGGGUUGCGUACAAAGAUUGGGGGGUAACCCCUAGAAAUAGAACUAAAUAAGAGAGAAAAGAAACAAAGACAGAGAAACCAGGAAUAAAGAAGUAUAUAUAUCCUAAAGGUUCCCUGUGAUUGUUAAGCAACCCAAAAGUAAAAGAUAAAAUAUAACUUUUAUUAAAUGCCUUCUAAAAGUCAAUAACUAGUAAAGUGAGUAGACAUCAAUAUUGCCCUACUGAAAGCUGAAUCCCGUUGGAUUUAUUUGUUUCAAACAUUAUACCCCAAGGGGUUGAAUGAGGAGUUUAAUUUUACUCCUUUUAUCCACACUUGAUUAGUUCUGUCUGUCUGGUUCUCUCUUUAAUUUUAUAAUCUUUGACAAAAUCUUUUACCAUUGGGGCCCUUUGCUGGUUCCCAAUGUGUAUCAUAGCCGCAAUUAGUCAUUGUUUACACUCAUUAUAUACAGUUCUUACUGAAUAUCUCUCCCCCUUUCUUUAUAGUUUUUCUAUUACUUCUAAUAUUAUUCUUGUAAGUUUCGUUUUAUCCUGAUCCAUCAUUUUUUAACACUGAUGGACCUACUUUGUUCUAUAGAUUUUCUGGUCCUAUCAGUUUGGACAUGUUGUCCCUAUUCAUUAUUUCUCUAUAUUAAUUAAUUUUUUGUAAGAACAUAAUUGACCUAAAUGAUCUUGGGCUAUAUAUACAUUUUUUGCCCUCAGAAUUCACAUUAUAAGUUUGUUUUUAUUAUUUUGUUAGCUGGUAGAGCAAUAUUUACAUAACUAUUUAUACUUUUUUGUCUAUAGACUGUUCACUACUUAUGUACUUGUCAUGUAGUGAUACUAAUGUAUCCGAAUCUGCCUUAUUGUUACUUUGUUGGAUAUGUCUUUCUUCUCCUCAUAACUAUAUUUUUGUGGGUACUUUUUCUGACAUAAUAUUUUGCUUCAAUUUGCCUAUUUAAUAUCUUGAUGAUUCAUAAGUUAAUUGUGUCUCCAUUAUUUACUUUCCGUGCCGGUUUCCCCGGUGAUUUCGGACAAACCGGUUUCGGCACUUGACUCCGCCCCCCCUAUCUGUGAUUGGUGACCUUUCUAACCAGUCACAGCGGAGGGCGGGUUAUUUAAACCUCGUCCGGCGUCCAGUCCGGUUCCCUUGAAAAGCCCUCGUGGCGAAACGCGCGUCGGGACUUUUUAUGAGCGGGUGGUUAGAGACUUUGUGGGGACGAUGCUGCAGCCAGAAUUAGUAUAAUGUUUUAGACAUUAUCACCCUCUCUCUAGUUUAUUACUUAAUAUUUUCUACCUCUUAGCACCUUCCUUUGAGGUUUUUGUUGAUUGUCUUUACUAGGCAGAUGAUUUCAGCCUUAGAUUAAUGGGAGUUAGGAGUCAGCAAUUACUACAUUAGGGUUAUAUAGCUUAAUACUUUCUAGACUUUAUGGGAUGUUUUAUAGCAUCCACUAGAUCAUUAUUCUUUCUACAUUCUUUGGAACUACUGAGCUAUUGCAGAAACUCUAUUCUCCUCUCCCUUUAGUAGGCCUUUUUUACUUACUCUAUUUACUCACUUUACUAGUUAUUGACUUUUAGAAGGCAUUUAAUAAAAGUUAUAUUUUAUCUUUUACUUUUGGGUUGCUUAACAAUCACAGGGAACCUUUAGGAUAUAUAUACUUCUUUAUUCCUGGUUUCUCUGUCUUUGUUUCUUUUCUCUCUUAUUUAGUUCUAUUUCUAGGGGUUACCCCCCAAUCUUUGUACGCAACCCGACACCUUAUCCUUGUUCCUAUCCCAGGCUCCAAUUCUAUAUUUGCAUCAGGUUUCAAUACCAAUUUAUAGGACAGGAUAUUCUUACUAUCAUUUUUGUUUAACACUUACUACUCUUAAUUGUACAUUUAUUGGUAGUAGUCAUUUUGAAGUCUAAUAAUUAUGUCAGACCUUCUAGAACAGGUGGUGCAUCCUAAUUAUUCAUCUGAAGACGUUAAUAAUGUCUUCUCUAAUAAACCUUUGGGUAAUUUACAAAAUGAACCCAAGGAUAUCAAUCAGGCUUUCUUCUCAAUACAAAAGCUAUAUCAAACACAAUUAAGGGGAUUCUGGGAACUAGCCAGCCUAAGACACUACAUUGAACAAAAACUGGUACCCAGAGGCCUUAGACCGGACAUUCUGCUACCUGACAAAGUCAAGACUGACGAACAGUUAGCAGAAUGGAAUUCUAUCCUUUUAGAUUGCUCUGCUAAAAUUAUGCAGUUUUUAAUCCAAUUAGAACAACAACAUUUGGAUAAAACCAACGGAGAAUUAGACGUUGAAAUUAAAAAUAUCAGGAAUUUUGAUAAAGAACCUAGCUUUCCAGCUAUGGAGAGCAAGCUGAGCAAGAACUUAGAAAGUUUUAAAAGAAGUAUCAAACAAAAGAAACAUUACAAAUUUCAAAGGGAUUUUAGGGACUUUCAAGAGGGGAAUAUCUUUAGAAAUAAGAACAAAAGGAGAUUUAAUGUUAACAAAUCAUUUAAUAAAGGUUUUUCCUCUUCAGAUGAAACUGAAUGGUCUGAAUCUGAUUCCAGACCUCGGUACCAUAAAAGGCAAAACACUCGGUUUACUCAACAUACUGCCUCAGGACAAACCAAAGGUAUCUUGAGAAAUACUGAUAGGAACAUAACCUUUAUGGACCCCCCUGUGGUUCAAACUGCUACUACAAAUCCUAGACUUGAAUCCACAGGCCCUACUCAAUCUUCCCUGACUUUUUUAGAUCAGGAUUGGCCACAGCCCCAAAGGGAAAGACUAAGGGACAGGAACAAGUGGGGAUACAAGACACAGAAAACCAAUUACCAAUAGUUGUGCAAACACAGGACAAUAAGAUAAUAAACCUCUCUAAGUUUAUCCUAAAACAAAGACACAUAUCACUUCUUCAAAAGGGUCUUUCUUUUAUACCAACACCUAUAAGUAACCAAUUUGACUGGGCCAAAGAUGUGAACUUAUUUGGCCGCAAAUUGGCCCUACAUGCUUUACAUGAAAAGAUUAAUUUAAAAAAACUUAAAGAUCUUGGCCUUUCACCUGAGGACAUGGCACUGUUCAAUACACUUAUGGACUUACACUCUGAACAGGGUACUCCUGACUCCCUAACUAACUUUAAACCUCCGAGCUGGUUUACCCCCAAUUUGAAGGAAUUUCCUUGUAUUGAUCUGUUUGUGCAGAUUUGUACCAAUGAACUAGAAAAUCAGAUCCCUCCAUCAUCACACAUUUCUAAUCUUAAAGCAGGAGAAAAACUGGCUUUACAAGAGCUUAGGCUAGCAACAGAUGUUGUCUGUAAACAAUCUGACAAAGGAGGCAACAUUGUCCUCAUGCAAAGAGAACAAUAUGUUAACAUGUGUAUGCAACAUCUCAUGGAUGAAAUGGUCUACAAGGCUUUGAAGGAAGAUCCUACGAAAACGUUUUUGGCUGAAUUGCAAUCACUAGUAUCAAAAGCUUUAACUAACAAUGUGAUAACUCAACAUGAGUCUAGGUUUAUUGUUUCUCAGUCCAAUAUUACUAUUGCUACUUUUUACUGUCUUCCUAAAAUCCAUAAAGACCUCUUGAACCCUCCAGGCAGACCAAUUGUCUCUGGCAACCAUUGCCUAACUGAGAGAGCAAGCCAAUAUUUGGACAAGCUGCUCCAACCCCUGGUAAUAGGUUUAAAAUCACACAUACGGGACACUAAACAGACACUUCUAGCCUUGGAACAUCUUACCGUGCCCCCCUAUACAUCCCUGGCUAGUCUGGAUGUAGUGGCAUUAUAUAACAACAUUCCACAUGACAAGGGUCUAGCAGCAGUAGCCUACUUUCUGCAAAAAGCCAAAACCUUCAAUCUACAGGAACAGGAGUUUAUCCUGCUUCUAUUACAGUUUGUGCUUACUCAUAAUUACUUUACAUUCAACGGGAAAUACUACUUACAAAUACAGGGCACUGCGAUGGGCUCUUCUUGUGCACCCAGCUACGCUAAUCUGUUUUUGGGAUGGUGGGAAGAAACAAUAGUGUUCACCAGUCCCUAUGCCAUGUACACCUCGUCAAUCUACAAAUGGUUUCGCUACAUUGACGAUGUGCUAAUCUUUUGGUUAGGCUCUUUUUCAUCAUUCAAAGAUUGGGUUGACGUAUUGAAUAUUAACCAUAUCAAUCUUAAACUUACUCAUGUUAUUCAUGAGAGUCACCUAGUCUUUCUGGAUCUCACAAUUGCUCUGACAGAAGAUGGUUCAGUAUCCACUUCACUGUACAGAAAACCUACCGCCACGAAUAGUCUAUUACACUGGGACAGUUUUCACCCAUUUCAUAUAAAGGCUAACAUACCUUAUGGCCAAUACCUCAGGGUAAAAAGAAACUGUUCCAAUCCAGAAGAUUUUGAAAGAGAGGCGAAAACCCUCAGACAGAGAUUCAAGAGUCUAGGAUACCCAAAUCGUAUUCUAAAAAAAGCCUACCAAAGAACGAGAACCGUUGACAGAUCUGAGAGCUUACAUAAACUCCCUAAGAUUAUUCAACCUAACGCUGGGGUCACCAGAUUGAUAGGGACUUAUGAUAAAAAUUGGAACAACACCCUGCAGGUAUUCAACCGCAAUUGGCCAUUACUCCAAUAUGACAAAUGCCUCAAGAAUACCAUUACUAUCAAACCUUCUGUAACCUAUCGAAGAGCUAAGAACCUCGCAGACCUUUUGACUCAAAGUCAUUUGAAACCUAUACCAACUAAAUCUACCUGGCUUCAGACCAAGGGUCUUUUUAGAUGUGGGCACUGCAAGGCUUGUGACUUCAUUUUACCAUCUAAGGGAGUACGGAAUCAUAAAACCGCUAAAGACAUCGAGGUGAACUCUUUUGUCAACUGUGGUUCUACCAACGUUGUCUACAUUAUUACAUGCGACUGUGGAUUACAGUACAUCGGCAAGACGUACCAACAGUUACGUCGACGUGUCCUGCAACAUAUUAAUUCUAUUUCCAAUUUACAUUUGGAUACUCCGAUUGCCAGACAUGUACGUACAAACCAUGAUUCCAGACCUAAUGUACUCAAAUUUCAAGUAAUUCAAAAAGUUUUUUUGAACCACAGAAAAGGGGACAUCAAUAUUGCCCUACUGAAAGCUGAAUCCCGUUGGAUUUAUUUGUUUCAAACAUUAUACCCCAAGGGGUUGAAUGAGGAGUUUAAUUUUACUCCUUUUAUCCACACUUGAUUAGUUCUGUCUGUCUGGUUCUCUCUUUAAUUUUAUAAUCUUUGACAAAAUCUUUUACCAUUGGGGCCCUUUGCUGGUUCCCAAUGUGUAUCAUAGCCGCAAUUAGUCAUUGUUUACACUCAUUAUAUACAGUUCUUACUGAAUAUCUCUCCCCCUUUCUUUAUAGUUUUUCUAUUACUUCUAAUAUUAUUCUUGUAAGUUUCGUUUUAUCCUGAUCCAUCAUUUUUUAACACUGAUGGACCUACUUUGUUCUAUAGAUUUUCUGGUCCUAUCAGUUUGGACAUGUUGUCCCUAUUCAUUAUUUCUCUAUAUUAAUUAAUUUUUUGUAAGAACAUAAUUGACCUAAAUGAUCUUGGGCUAUAUAUACAUUUUUUGCCCUCAGAAUUCACAUUAUAAGUUUGUUUUUAUUAUUUUGUUAGCUGGUAGAGCAAUAUUUACAUAACUAUUUAUACUUUUUUGUCUAUAGACUGUUCACUACUUAUGUACUUGUCAUGUAGUGAUACUAAUGUAUCCGAAUCUGCCUUAUUGUUACUUUGUUGGAUAUGUCUUUCUUCUCCUCAUAACUAUAUUUUUGUGGGUACUUUUUCUGACAUAAUAUUUUGCUUCAAUUUGCCUAUUUAAUAUCUUGAUGAUUCAUAAGUUAAUUGUGUCUCCAUUAUUUACUUUCCGUGCCGGUUUCCCCGGUGAUUUCGGACAAACCGGUUUCGGCACUUGACUCCGCCCCCCCUAUCUGUGAUUGGUGACCUUUCUAACCAGUCACAGCGGAGGGCGGGUUAUUUAAACCUCGUCCGGCGUCCAGUCCGGUUCCCUUGAAAAGCCCUCGUGGCGAAACGCGCGUCGGGACUUUUUAUGAGCGGGUGGUUAGAGACUUUGUGGGGACGAUGCUGCAGCCAGAAUUAGUAUAAUGUUUUAGACAUUAUCACCCUCUCUCUAGUUUAUUACUUAAUAUUUUCUACCUCUUAGCACCUUCCUUUGAGGUUUUUGUUGAUUGUCUUUACUAGGCAGAUGAUUUCAGCCUUAGAUUAAUGGGAGUUAGGAGUCAGCAAUUACUACAUUAGGGUUAUAUAGCUUAAUACUUUCUAGACUUUAUGGGAUGUUUUAUAGCAUCCACUAGAUCAUUAUUCUUUCUACAUUCUUUGGAACUACUGAGCUAUUGCAGAAACUCUAUUCUCCUCUCCCUUUAGUAGGCCUUUUUUACUUACUCUAUUUACUCACUUUACUAGUUAUUGACUUUUAGAAGGCAUUUAAUAUAAGUUAUAUUUUAUCUUUUACUUUUGGGUUGCUUAACAAUCACAGGGAACCUUUAGGAUAUAUAUACUUCUUUAUUCCUGGUUUCUCUGUCUUUGUUUCUUUUCUCUCUUAUUUAGUUUUUUCAGCUGGUUUCGGACAGCCACUAUAUUGUAGGCAAAAGUGCUUUAGUUGGGACUAGCACCCUGUCAGUGGAGAUAUGUCCAUAGGGUCAUAUUCAUAUGAUCAUAUUGUCAGCUGCAAAUAAUGAGUCCAUCAGUAACCUACUGCUUUAACCAUGUGCACACUGUGUGCUGAGAGCUAAUAGUGAAUCAGGACUGGCCGGCAUGUUUAAUAGCAGCAGCGACAUUUACUAGAAAGCUAAAGUUGUCGUAGCAGGAUCAUUAGCAGAGAUGCGAUCAAAAAAGAAAGAUUUAGAGACGUAGAGAGCUAGAGUUGGACAGAAAGAGCUGGAGCAUUAUACAGAGCUAUUGUAUUGUGUGGGGGUCUCUGUACUGCAGCUCAGUGUAAUCCAUCACACUGUGGGAUAGUUAUGGUUGUCUUAUUGUGUGCAUCUCUGCAUACUCUAUGGGCAUCUCUGUAUUCUGCUCAGCUCCAUGUAUUGUAUUGCUAUCUCCAUAUUGCAUUGGGGCGUUUGUACUGUAUGGGUAUCUCGGAAUUGUAUGUGCAGGACAGGUCACUGGUAAAUUCCCAAAACUGAGAGAGUAGACUUCACAUGCCAAACAGACUACGAUACAGGGUACUUAAUGAGUCUAUUGUCACCAGGAGCAGCAGCUGUUCUCAAACCUAACACAAAAGUAGCACUAAAGUGCUUAUAAGCCCACACAACUCCAUGAUCUUGUAUAAGCAAGUGCUCAGUAAUAAACUGGUGUCCAGUUAUAAAGAACUACUUGUAUCCUCAAUCAUGUACAUUCACAAAUAGAACAAAUGCAGGUAAAAACAACCUGGUCACGAGCAUGAAAUAUCCAGGAUGUGAUAAGAAGUAGGUGGACAUCGUGAAGGAGCAAGAUGCAGAUGUUGUGUCCAAUGGUGCACACAGGUGCCAAAGAUGUGCUUCUCUGGAAUGUGAACAAAGGAAUAUCUGCAAUAAUUUAAUUGAACUUCAUAUAAAAGACCAAAAUCAUGACAGAACUUAAGAACUUCUUAGACGCUGGGCACUUGGCAGCAAAACUCCUUUUCGUUCCUUUGUUGAGUUUUGCUAGUUUUGUACCAGAUAUUCCUUUAGUCAGACAGCAGCUAAACAUUUCUCAGAGGGUAUAAAUGAUUCUUGUGGUAAUUAACUAUGGAAGAAUAAUAUCUAUCUAGUAGAUAUUUUGGGAAUAAUCAGAGUAUUUCAUUACUAUGCUGGGUGACAUGUAAAAAUUAUGUUAGCAUUUACAUGUUGUUUACUAGGUAAAAUCUCAUUAAUUUCACUUGGAAAAUUAUUUCCCCCUUGGACUUGGCUACCAAAUUAUCAUAUUUACAACAAGAAAUAAAAGGGAAUGCAUCGUUAAUUAAAUUACACAUAUGUUAUAUAUCUAUAUAUAAAAAAAAAAAAAAAGUUUACAAAUAGAUUCUCAGGGCAAAGGCAUGUGCAGUGUGACUUUUUUGUUUCCAUUGAUUAAAAUUCAGUCUAUAAAAGAGGAUGCAAACAUGUUGCCUGGAGGUAAAUUAAUCAUGUGUUUUGUGGUUUUGAACUCCAAAGGUGCUUAUUCAUAAUUAAUGGAAAAGAAAAUAUUAAGCAGUCAUUGACUUUUGAAUACCAAAAAUAAAUCUGAACAUGCAUUCCAUACAUCUCAUAAAAUAAUAUCAGUGUCUAGAAGACUUGAUCAUAAUUCUAUCAUUCAUUCACUCCAUUGUUCCCAGCCACUCAUGACUACUAAAAAGCAUUAUCUGACCCCCAGCUCGAGCAUUCCUAAGUGACCGCUGUUAAAUGGCUGGUGUGGUUUACAGAACAGCUUAGUGAAGAUAUUUCAUGGAGCGAGAUGGAAAAGAUCUAUAGUUUUAAAAUACGCAAUUUAAGCAAAAAUGUGCUGCCUCACUAGAUGUUGCUAGUAGCAGCCAGUCUUUUUGUACACCGGAGGUACUGAACAUUUUGUGGAAUCGCCCUUGGACAAUCAAAUCUUUCUUCAAUAUAAAUUAGUAAACAAAUUUUUUUUUUAUUUUUAAAAAAAGAGUAAUUCCCCUCCCACCUUUAGGAUUCUCUUUAGUUUAUCUGAAAAAUGUUGUGCAAAGUCUAACUCUAUCCUUUGGCCUGACGUGAGUAUUUACAUAUUCCCAUGUUAUAUCUCUGGACACAUAUUUACCAGUGUACCUCAUUGGAUGAACAGUAAAACCAACUGUUCCUGUGUGGCAGUUAGUUUUAAAGGUAGGCUUUAACGAUCUUGAAAUGAAAUAAAACCAGCUGUGAUAAUCUGGAGCUAAGCAUUUAAUUUCAUGAUUUAUCAACCAGACCCAGGGAGUUCUUAAAAAGUCCUUAUAUGAACUCUUAUUUUACAAUGACCUGCUACAUGGUCUCUACCUGCUAAAUGCCCCUGUUUUCUUAAAAGAUGCACUAGCCUAAUUCCACCUUUGAGAUGUAAAUGAACAAGUGGCAGUUUAUCGUCUGUGUACUCCUUUCAAUGUUGUCCAGGUUGUAUGCACAAACUUGUAAGCACUGCACUGAUGCACAUCUUGUCUCCCUUCUGUGUUGUGUUUUGGGUGGCAAGCAGCAUUUCACAUAGCAGAUGGAUAAGUAUGAGUGGUGAGCAUAAUUGUCUCAGAAUAGUGCAACCCUUGCACUGUAAUCAUUAUGAUGUUUUUCUAUAAAAAAAAAGUUAGACUGGGAAUGUUCUAGAAGUCCAAGGCAGAUUUAUUGGACAAUAAAAGGAAACAGUUUGUCUCCAAACGAGUAUUUUUCAAGCUUUCAUUUUUCUUUGUAAUGCAAUUUUUUUUUUUUUUUUUAAAUGCAUUAAAAAUCCAGAAAAAAAAAAACCAAAACAAAACAGAUCUGCAAAUGUUCACUACAUAAUAGGUAGAUUGUCUUAGAAAACGGCGACAUUUGCCAACAUGUCAGAGGUUUUCUAACGUGCUCCGAGAUGCCCCUUUCUAAUAUUAUGGCUGUGUAGGUUGCAAAGUCUGCCUAUUCAGAUGGACCUGAAGAGGAUGCUCAUGGCAGAUUUAUGGCAAAGUUCAGGCUAUAUAAAUGUCCUCAGUGGAAAAGAAAUAUUCUACAUAUCUAAAGAGGAUGUUAAGGUGCUUCUAUUUGACUCGUGCCUAAAUAUAAUGCGGGAGGUAAGUGCCAUGCUGGAAGACUGUGUUAAUGUCACAGAAGAAGAUGCCUGUGACAUAUAUCUGAAGCAGCCCCACACUCACAUCAAAGACCAAAGUUCCCACAUGACACGUCUGGUGUGGAUGGUAGGUCUGAAGGACAUUAGCUGCACAAAGCACAUCAGACAGUCCAGUCAGCCAUCAUAAAUGCAAUAAGACUAUAUAUAUUUGAGACUUAUGUAUUUAUUAUUGUUCUACCAUGUCUUUUCCUGCUUCACUCUGAGAUGGAUUGUUGUAGCACAUACCCAUAUCAUUGACGACAGACAAAGUUUAAGCUGUCCAAUGUUUUUCUGUCUCAUCCAAGACUAUAGAAUUAUCCGUAGGGAUACGCUUGGCUGGGAAGAUUAGCUGCAUAAACUAUUUAUUCCUAUUCCUUGGUUUGCACAGAUUAUUUCAUUGUAUACCUGAAGAAUUUCCCUUAAAGGCUUUAUGUUUAUGUUGGGCCAUCCUUGACCGUUUUUUUUCUAAAAAUGGCAAGUAUAGAUCAUUUUUAAAUUUCAGGCAGAAAUUCCUUUCUUUUAUACGAACACCCCUGCUACACAGAUAUAUGAAAUUUUGCCAAACCGCAAAAUAUGCUGAUUAGAAACAUGUUCCCAACAAGGACACAGGUUUCUGAUCAGCAGAUUAAAUGCUACAUAACAUUUAAUAUAAAAUAAUAUUAAUUUUAUGAUGUAGAAUAGCUUUUGUGCAUUUGUGAAUCCAUCUUAUAAAGUGUAAAAAGCAGCCUGGGCAUGUUUGGUUACAGUAAUCGUUACUUGUCUGAAGUCCAAAACACCUCAAACUAAAAGGAAGAACCUUUUUAUGUAUGUGAUUGGACACUGUCCUUAAAUCACUCUAUUCUUUAGCUAACCAUUGAAAUGCAAAUUUAAUUUAAUGUCUGUCAAUGAAGACAAUUAACUCUGUUUCCUUGUGGCACUGACCACAAUGUCGUUUUGUGGAAAACUACACAAAAUCCUUAUAAAUACUGCUCAGGUCCAUUAACUAAAUACAUCUCCAGUGUGAGUAUUUGUGUGACAGUGUGAGACAUUAUGUUUGUAUAAUCAGCUUAAACUAUAUUGGUAUGCUAAGCUCCUGGUUGGCAUUUCAUUUUGUACUGUUCCAAGGUGCUAAUCUUAUAUUAAAUUUGGAUUUUAUUUAUUUCAUUAUUUUCUUUCUUUCUUAAAUCAUUACGAUGUGUAAUCUUGAAUUUCAAUUUUCUGGUACCGCAGCAGUGACUAAUCCGAAUUUAGCUAGAACAUUAGCAUCUUACUUUUGAUCCUCAGUGUAAUGUUAAAUCCUUAAUCCUUUAAUAUCUGCAAAAGCAUUGCACAGAUUAAAAAAAGUACUAUGACGGUAAAAUUGUAGAGACGCAAGUUUUAAAGAUGGUAGAAUCAUUUUGAAGAAGAACGUUCACUUCUCAGGAAUUCAUACCCCUGACUAAAACAUGGAAAAACCACUUAUAACUUGUAUUAACAUGAUUUUCAUGUGAUGAUUCCUUUUCUUUUAAACAACUAGUAUCACAAUGCCGUUCAGUCCUGGCACAACAGGGCACAUGUUACAUUAGAGACGGAGAAACAAUGUAUAAAACAAAAUGUUAAAUAUCCCGAGAAGUGACUGUUUCCUGUAAAGAAAAUUCUCUCGAGAAAAAUUUGUUUUGUUACUUGCAUCCUGAACUCCUUGCCCAUCACAAUGACGUUCCCUUAUACAGAACUGAACCAUGCAUCAUAGUGUUAGGAUAUAAAUAAAAAGUAAUUACCAGCACUAGGUGAAUUCAUCGUAUACCAAGCAUCUUUAAUAUAUGAAUUUGUGUCUCUAUUGUUAGCGCUAGUACUGCAUUUGGAGAAAACAAAGUUUACUGCAAAGUUUCCCUGUAAACAAACUAUAUUUGCUGCGUUCUCAGUUGAACAUGGAUGGCACUCUCAUUCAGUAAUUAGACCUUGGCAUAUUUAUAAGUGGACUGGUGCAGUUAAGCAUCAUAAUAGUAUAGCAAGAUAAAAAAGGCUGCCCCAAAAAAUAAAAAAAACUUUACAGUCAUGGGCAAAAGAAAGUACACCCACUUUGAAUUCUAUGGUUUUACAUCUGUUUCUUAUCAGAUCUUAAAAUUAGGUAAAUACAACCUCAAAUUAACAACAACACAUGUACACCCUGUCUCGAUUUAUUUAACACAAAUGAAGCCAAAAUGGAGAACUAUGGGUUCAAUUUGCUGGAAGAUCCACUGCAUUAUUGGCAACUGUCUUAAAUGUUUUCCACUUUUCCAUAUACUCCCUCCCCUCUUUGAGCCUUACCUUGGGCCAGAGAGGGCAGGCAUCAUGAGCCCUGUUUGUCCGGUGAGAGAUGAGUAUGUCUGCAGACACCACCUUCCGGCCAGUGUCAAUGUAUGUAUCAGAGCAUUGCUGUGGCAAAGAUCUAAUACAGUGCAUGUGAUGGAGACCUAUUACGGUUUCACAAUUUGAGCGCUGGCCAUGCAGGCCACACAGGACUGGCCAGUGAGGGAGGUCUUUGAUCUCUUCUGCUUGCUGCCCCGAUACAAAUGUCUUGGUGGCCUUUUUAGAAAUAUUGUAUUGUAUAGUGAUACAAUGUAACACAUGUAUAGAGAAUAUUCACAUAUUAAUUAUGGUGUAAUUUUUUUAAAUUUUUUUUUAACAAAGAUGAACUCUUUAUUAGGAACAGUGGACAGUCAGAGCAAAUGUGUCUGCCAAAUGAAGACUUUUUUUACACUUAUAAAAAUGUAAAAACAAAGACUGCAAAUAAAAUGUGUCUAAACACAACUACAACAUGAGUCAAUAUCUUCUUUCCUAGGGAAAUGUAGCAAUUAUUGUUUAGAUAUUAAUCUUCAGAACCUUAGUGACAUUAUCAUCAGCAAAUUAAAAUCUGAAUUUUAGAUUAACCUAGAUCUUAAAAUGGUGUAAUUUUUUUUUAAUUUUAUUUUUUUAUGUAACUCCCUCUUAUGGAGCUCCUGUUGUUGACAAUGAAAUGUGAUAUCAUGAGAAUAUUACAACUUGGUUUUUGAAAGAAUGUAUGUCCAGGGAGUUCUGCAGUGGCACCUGUAAUGUAAUUUGCUCCUUCAUGAUCUGCAUUGUGCUUACCAUGACUUAUUGCUUUAAAUUCCCUCUGCAGACCCCAAGGACAUACUGUGCGGCAAACACAGAGGACCUGGAGACUGUCAUCCAGCAUGUACACAAUAUGUAUCCUGAUGCCCCACUUAUGGCUGCCGGGGUUUCAAUGGGAGGGUAAGUAGGUCUACUUUUUUUUUUUUUUUUUGGAAACACCUUUUUAGCAUAAUCACACAUUGUAAAAUCAAUGAUUAAAAUAAUAAUAGAAUACAUGGCUUACGUAUUUUACUAAUAUUUAUUUUUAAUACAUAGUAUGAAAGUACUUCAAAAUAGAACACUUUAUGUAUAUUGUAUUAAAUGUGAAAACAAUGGUUGAUUCAAUUGGUAGUCUAGCAUAAUACAUGAAUAUAGCAGUUUCUUUAUACUAAAGUUCAAGUGUAUGCACUCCUCAUACAUUCGUUAAAAUACAAAAUGAGUAAACCUUCAAACAAAUUAAAAACAUGGGUAUAUAUUACAGUGAUGUCCCUUGCUGUGAUGACAAACUUGCUCUAAACAAGGAAAACCCCAGGUCUCCCUCUUUAGUGCCCAACAUAUCAUAUUUAGAACCACAGCCCUCAAGUCCACACCUUCCAUGUAUCCCUAUUUAGUACCAUACGUCCCUAUUUUUGACCCAAAUCCGACAAUCCAUCUUUUUUCUCAUAAUGUCCCUCUUUUCUAGCAGCUAUAAAUUUUUGGAUUUAUCGUUUACGUGUAUACAACAGGACUCCUAGUAAUAUAUGUCUUUAGAAAACAUAUAUGCGUCUGUGUGAAAAAGACGCAUGGCAUUACAUUUUUGUUUCAUGAAUUGUUAUCAUCUGAAAUUACUCAGACCAACCACGCCCCUGGCCACUUCAAACUUUGUGUUUACCCUCAUUUAUAAUAUUCCUGUUUGGUAGGAGCCCAUAUUUCUGAGUUGUAUAAAAAUACAUUUUCCAAAUAAUAACACUUUCUGUCAUAUGUCUUUAGACUACAAUAAAUAUUGUAAAUAAUGUAUUUGAGUACAAUCAACUUCAGAUUGUGUAAUUAGCGCCACUAAAUUCAAAUGUUAAUGUUUAAAUUUUCGCUCUCUAUUCAAAUCUGACUUUUCCCACAGUUUCAUCUGUUACAGAAAGAUGUGUCUGUGAGGAGCUUAUUUGAUUUUUUUUUUUUUUUUUUUUUAAUAAUUUGUAUGGGAGUUUACCUUGAAGUCAUAUGGGAAUUAUGGGAUAUGUACGGUAGAUUUGGGCAUUUGUAUUCUGACUACUGGAUUUUCUGACGAAUAUCUGCAUUUUCGUCAGUUCGUCCAAAUAACGAAUGGAGAGACAAACGAACAAAUGAAUGGACGCCCAACGUAAUACUUCCAUGAGCAGUUUGUUUAUACGUUCGUUCUUUUGCAUUACCCAGGACAUAUGUGAAAAUGAGAGAAAUCUUAAUGUAUCCUUCCUAGUAAAAAAUAUUUUAUAAAUAAAUUAUAAAUAAAAAAAUUACAUUGUCUGUAAAUCAAAGAGCCAAACUAGUAACCCAAAUGAAAAAAUGGCACAUUCAUUCUGUGCUCAUUCGUUAGUUCUGCUCACUCCCAUCAAAUCUAAGGUGAGUGAGUCGAACUAACCAAUGUGUACUGAAUGAAUGUGCCAUUCGUUCAUUUGGAUUACUAGUUUGGCUUUUUGAAAUACAGACAGGCAGUGAACUGUCUGUUAAUGUAUGUGUAAGCUGAAUAGGGGUUAAUAUCCUGGCUAUGUUUUCAGAUGACAUAAGGCAAGAUGGAUAUUGCUAGCAUUUACAUUUAGUUAGGGUUACUCACUAUAGUGUGAAUUGUCAGGAAUUCAAUGUGAAUUCAAACAGAAUUUCAUAUUUAGAGUAUAGCAGCAGAAUUGGUAUUAAUCUCCAAAUCACUCAGGCUUUCAGGUUGGUUUUAUUGGCCUAAAAUUUAAAAAAAAAUUAACAUUGAAUUCACAAAAUUCACACUUCAGUGAAUAACCAUGCAUUAGAAAUUUGCUAUGGCUAGUUCCAAUAUGCAUGGUCUCUUGAGCAUGACUUUCUAGCUAGAUUUUAUUUGCUGCUUCAAUGAGAAAAAAAAACCGUAUUUUAAAAAAAAACAUAUAUGUAGAUAUAUAUAUAUUUUGCAUAGUUCUAACAUUCUGCUUUGCUUUAAUUUACUUUGUUUAGAAUGCUGCUGCUGAAUUACCUAGGUAAAACUGGGCGACAGACGCCACUAAGGGGUGCUGCAGUGUUCUCAGCUGGCUGGGAAGUUUUUGAAUCUGCUGUUGUCCUAGAGAAACCUAUUAAUUGGAUACUUUUCAAUUACUAUUUAACAACCUGUCUCCAGGCUUCAAUUAUCAGGUGAGACUGCAGUUCUUAAAGCAGCAUCACAUAAUUUAUAGCUAUUAGAUUUACUUGCACUAAUGAUUUUUACCUCCCAAACUGCUACUAGAAACUAUAGGAGAGCUGAAAGAUAAAGAGAGUGGUACAUUUUCCAAUGGUGCAAUAAUUCUAGUAUAGGAUAUCUAAUCAAGCUUUUAUGCUUCUAUUUUUGCAGUUUUUUUUUUUUUUUUGCCAUACUUGUUUAAUUGCUUUUCUUUUGCUUCUGUGCUGAAUAUAUGCAUCUAUCUGAUUGGAUGCAAAUAAUUAGAUUUUUUUUUUCUUAUAAUAUUUAUUUUAUUUUUAUAAUUAACAUUUAUACAGCAGUUCACAAAUACACAAAAAAAUUGCAUUUACCUAACAGAAUUCAUUGGCAUAGAAUUACAAUACGCAAGACACACGUUACCGUAAGAUCUUUUCCCCGAUGCAGAGGAGAUUUUGAAUAUUUUGUGAUUUUUUUUUUACUCUUUCAUGGGGCAUAAUAUUAAGAAGCGCUAACUUGCUUAAAGCUGUUCAUUCCACUUGUGGGGUUUCUGCUGAUGUAUCGAUUGAAUAGUGGGCAACAUACUGGGCUCAGCCUAGUUAAGUACAGAAAUGUAGGCUGAAAGCCUCUAUGCUAGUUUGGCUGUACAAAAACUGCUGAAAUGCAGCACAAGUAAACUACAGGUUUCACCCAAGGUAUUGAUUUGCCUUUUCCAGGGUACAUUUAUCUUGGAACCCCAGUUUACCCGUGUAUUCAAAUGUGGCUAUUAAAUUAAUAUAACGCAUGUGUGUAUGAUUUUAUGUAUACGUUAUCACUAAAUAAAAAAUAAAUAGAAGAAAUAAGCUCUUUAAUUAUGCCAAAUGGAGUGAAAAAAAUCUAUUUGUUGAAUUCCAGACUAGUGUUGAAAAAAGAAUGAAUAUAUAGAUAGAGAUCUCUAAAAAGUCCUAUAUGAUAUAUCAGUGUGAUUUGAAUUACAUAUAUGCACUCGUAAAGGGACAUUAUAGCCACUAUACCAUUUCACCUCAUUAAAUUGGUUUUGGUACCUGAAGUCCCACGGCAUUGUCUUUCCACUAAGUGUUAAACCAUCUUCGGGCAGUUAAAUGACUGAGGAACCGUAGCCACCAAUAGCUCAGACACCAGUGAAGUUAUGGUUAAAGCAGUGUUUAUACACUUCUUUCUAGCCAUACCAAUUCAUACCAGCAAUGGCAUCUGUAAUAGGCUAAAAGUGAUCAGCUGAUACUUUCAGCCAAUCACCACUGCCCACUGUUGCUCAGGCAAAGCCUCCUCAUCAGCCCAAGCUGCGCAAAGGGGUUGAGCUGCUGGGGACUCCCAAUUAGCAUUAAGACAUUAAAAAUUAUUUAACACUGAACAGAAGGAUGGUUUCAUUUGACUCUAGACACUAUAACCACUGUAGAGAGAAGAGCAGUUACAGUACCUACAGUGUCCCUUUAACUAGUACACAGUAUACAUGUUAUUUAACUUUAUUGUCCUAUUAAACAGAUUUGUAAAAACAAAAAACACUAUGUAAAACGUUUGACGCACUUAUUAAAAUUGAACAUAUCUCAAUUUUUUAGACAUCGUGCCAUUUUGGAGAAACAAUUUGAUAUUGCUAACAUUAUGAAGGUAUGAUUUCUAUUUUUUAUUUUUUUUUUAUAAAAACACAGUACUUUAACACGUUUAGACUUGCAGCUGUGAAAAUAAACUGUAAAAUAUUAUUUUAUAACAGUAUCCCUCAGUCUUCAGUAGAUAAAAUUUAAUUAUGUGAGUCAAUGUUGUUUUUUGUUAUGGAAUGUAUGUAAGUAUUGCAGACUGAGUGUGGGAAGAACAGAGUUCGAUUGGGCCAGUCUACAAUUGUCUCAUCAGGUUGUUUUGCUAAUUUUAACAUAUUGUGUGUUUGUGUAAGAAGGUGGGAGUAGCGCCUUACAGUGUUCUCCGUUGGUAUGUGGAACAAAAAAAGAAUGACGAAAGAAAUUUAGGCAUGGAUGCGGUACAAUCCUUGUGGUACAAGGAUGAUUAUUGUGUCCCUUGGUUCCAAUUGGUAGUCUGUGGUUUCUGAAACCGAAACACAAAAUGACCAUAUAUUGUAGUAUCCCAGUGGUUCCCAAACUGUGUGCCACAGGGGCGCCGCGGAAUGUUUCCCCGGUGCUAUGAUUAUAGCAGCGGGAAACAUAACUGCUGAGCAGGGGCAAGUCGGGUGCCUUUAAGACCGCGCCCGGGCACCUGUAAUGUCGACCGGCUAUGAGGAAGUGACAGCCUGUCACUUGCUCCCAGCGUCGUGCAUAGAGACAGCGUGGGAGGGAGAGGAGGCAGCCACAGCAUGAAGGGAGUCCAGAGCUGCUCCAAACCCCACACACACAGCAGCCAGCAGGACUCCAAGCCACCCUCCUGGACAUACAAGUUAAGCUAACAGAAGGGUGGCUGGAGAUAUAAACAAAUAUCACAUGUCUGUGCGUGUGCACACAUCUGUGUAUGUGCAUCUGUGUGUCAGGGGGUGUGUGUAUGUGUCAGUGUGUAUCUAUGUGUGUGUAUGUGUCGGUGUGUAUCUAUGUACCUGUGUGUUAAUGUGCAUGUAUAUCUGUGUAAGUAUAUAUGUAUGUGGUAGUGUGUGUGCAUACAUCCAAGCAGUCAAACACCAGCACAACAUUACAUUCAGACACACCCCUGCAAUCAAACUAAAAACAUUACAUAUUAACACACCCUAGUAUUAAAACACACACUAUAUGCAAGCACCCCUUCAAACACCAACACUGUACAUUACACUAUAGCACCAAUAAAUGCCACAGCGCCAUACAGAUAUACAACCUAGAAAUUUUUACUUGGAGUGCCUUGAAAAAAUAUUGAAAUAUUAAGGGCGCCUUGAACCUAAAAAGUUUAGGAACCACUGGUAUAUCCAAAUAGUAAUGAUAAAAUAUAAUCGAAUAAAAUUGCACAUACAUGAAAUGGAGUCUAUGCAAUGGCUCCUAAAGUGGAGCGUGGAGUGGUACAAUACCCGCUCUAGGAUUACUGAUAGGCACAAUUCUUCUUCCUCUUGUACAUAUGCAAUAGAACAGAGGUACAAAUAUAGUGCACACUGUAGUAUGGGUUGGUGCAAAUAAAUGGAAAGCUACUUACAAAAGGUAGAGGAAAGUUGGUUUAGCUCAAUCCAUAUAGCACAGGUUGAAAAAAGGAAGCCAUGUACAAAACCUAUGUAUGAGGCUUAUUGCAAGAAAAAAAAUGACAUUGAUUUCCAUAACUUUUUAGAAGGAUGAACAUGCAUUUGUGAGUUGUAAAAAGUGAAAUUAAAUAUACAAACUGACACCUGUUUAUCCUUUAACUGGGCACCUCCAUCUUUGUGUAGCUCCCUGUCAAUCAUUGUUCUAAGCUCUGCCCUUUGUACGCAGUGGCGGAUCCAGGGGGGGGGGGCAACGGGGCAAUUGCCCCUCUCCAGAAAAAAAUGACGGUCUCACUCUCCCCUAGCCCUGCAAUGUGCCUGCGGACCGGAGGCACUGUGCUGACAGCCGGCAGGGGAGGGAGGGAGAGAGGACACAGGAGCUCUGCCUGCAGCUCCUCCGGGUCCUCCUCUCGCGAGCAGGGAACGCUGCCGCGGUUACCGCGGCAACGCUCCAAAUUUCGCAAGAGUGAACUCUGGAGCGCGGGCUAGAGUUCACUCUCCCCACUGGGACCACCAGGGAAUCCCCACCGGACCACCAGGGACUAAGAAGUGUCCCCCCUCCUCCCAGUAAAGGUAAGGAGGGAGGGGAGACAUAAAUAUUUAUUUUAAUUAAAUAAAAAAAUAUAUAUUUAUUUUUAAAAAGCCCCCCUACCCUUAUCACAGACACUCUACACACACACUGCCCCCCCAUACACACACACUGCCCCCCCCAUACACUGCUCCCCCAUACACACACACACUGCUCCCAUACACUGCCGCCCCAUACACACACAUUGCCCACACUCACACAUACACUGCAAUACUCACACACAUACACUGCAUUCCUUUUUUUCCAAUGUAUUUUAUUUUUCAAUUUUCAUUGGUCAUGCAUAGUAUAGAAGGGGGAUUAACUAAGGAGGGGGUACACGGAGAGAAAAAGGGGGGGGGGAGGGCGACAAUGCAUAUACAAUGUAUCAUAUUCUUACAAAAGUAUCUUUAACAGCUGUACAUAGAAUAAGAUAUUAGCCACAAGUCACCAGCUUCGGAAUAUAUUACAUACAUUAGUAGUUACAUAUACAUGUUUGCCUGAAACGUUCUAAGGCACUGAAUUGUUUCCGUACGCCCUAACUGUGAGGACUCUGGGGCGGGGGGAAAAGAGGGGUUGGGGGAUUAGCGAAGUUGAGCUAUGGCAGUAAAUUUUGUACUGUAUCGUAGUGAAAAGAUGUUACAUUGGGUAGCUCUUUUUACAUAGAAGCCCUUGGAAAAUAUCAUGUACAUAAUCUCAAUUACAUCUUACCGUACCUAUAAUCCACCCAUCUGCGCCACCUUGUUUCAUGUCUGCUCUGCCUCUCAGUGAUGCGACUUGCCAUACGCUCGUAAUUAUAAAUCGAAUCUAGUCUACCUAAAAUCUCUGAUAACGUGGGAGCUUGUGUAGAUUUCCACUUCUGGGCAAUCGCUGUUUUAGUUGCCAUGAGGCAGUGGAUCAUUAAAUAGUUUUCCUCUUCGUGGAGGUUGUCUGGGAAGAUGUGUAAUAAAAAGCAUUCUGGUGUCGGAGGUACCCCGAUCCCUAGGUUUUUGCAAAAAAGUGUGUGGAUGUCUUGCCAUAAUGAUGUGAUCUGUGUACAUUUCCAAAAUAUAUGGUAAAGGGACCCCUCUUGAUUGUGACAUCUCCAACAUAGUUUGUUCGCUCCUGGAUAUAUGUGGGCCAAUUUGUUGGGGACCAGGUACCAGCGCAUGGUUAGUUUGCAGUACGAUUCCCACUGAUUAAGGCUAUGUGAGGCCUGCUUUGUUAGCUUCUGAGCCCGAUGCCACGUGUCUACUGGGAAAUGCAGUCCCAGGUCUAAUUCCCAGUUUGUCAUAUAGGAGGGUUUUGUUGCCGUGUAUUGUGUAAGAAGUGUAUUGUAGCAGAGGGAUAGUGCUUUCACUUUGGGAAGCUUCCCCGUACAUUUAUGUACAAAUGGUGAUAUGAGAUUAGACUCUCUCAAGGUAAUCCUGCUUUCCUGUAUGAUAUUUUUUAGUCUCAGAUAGGUGAAUAGUUCCCUGGAUGGAAUAUGAAAAUCCCUGACCAUGUCAGGGAAUGGUUUGAUGCCCUCUUGGGUCAACAAGGAACGAACCCCAGAGAUCCCCCGGCUAAGCCAGUUUUCUAGCUGCAGGUUCAUACACUGCAUUCCUGACAUACACUGCCGCCCUCACUCACACACUACAACCUUCACACACACACACACACACUGCUCACACACUGUCCCCCCGCACACACACACAGACUGCACCCCUUACACAUUGCACCACUCACACACACCACUGCUCCUAUGCCCUACUACUGCCCCAUUUCCCAGCAGACCUCAAGUAAGUUGUCAAACUGUUCUUAAACUGUUCUACUCUGGGAAGGGCUCCGGCCACUAUUGACACCAUAACCACUACACUGAGCUGUAGUGGUUAUUGUGUCUGGAUUAUUUCUUUAAAUAAUCUACAAGUGCCCCUCCCGCGAUCAGGCUCUGGAUCCGCCACUGUUUGUACCUUGCAGUCAACAGAGAGGAAACAUGCUUUUUUCUAUUUCUUCUCCUCAUUUGCAAUGUUUGCUUUAGCUUUGCUUUGUCUGAACAGCAUUACGAUUCAAUUGUAUGUGCAGCAUUUCAGUAUGAGAUAUUGCACAUAGUGAGAUUUGUAUAGGCCAGCAUCAUUAGCCAGGAUAGAACUCUUAUUAUAGGAUACUAAUGUUAAACAUGUGCAUAACAUACAUAUGUCGCCAACAAAUGUGUUCAAUGAAUUGUCUGAUAGCCACCCUAUGUCCUCAGCCCUGUCUCUGACCUCCUUCCCUAGUUCCCUACCAUUAUAGAGUGACAUCACAGGAGGAAAACUGAGCUGCAGGAAGGACAUUGCCCUGCAUGAAAUGCUUUUACUAUUUUUUUCCUUAAAGAGACAGGACAUGUCAGCAAGAGUUGAAAUAAAAAAAAAACCUGUGCUUUUCAAUGUUUAUGAAUAGUGUAAAUUUCAGAGAAGUGACAAUUCCCCUUUAAUUACCUACAUCAAAAGGAUGGUUUAGAAGACACUAUUAUACAUUACGUAAGUAAAUGAUUUCCCCCCUCGCAAAUCUUUAUUUUUUUAUUAAAAUUUUCUAUUUAAGUGUUACCUGACUGCAAGGCCAAAAACAAUUCUCUGCACAGACUGAAACAUUCUUCAAAUCACUCUAUAUUAAGAGUAUGUACCAUCACCAUAGAAAUAUACAACAAAAAAUAUUGGUACCGCUGAUAUCAUCUGAAAAUAAAUAAAUUAUUAUUUAUAUAGCGCCAUCAAAUUCCGCAGCGCUUUACAAUGGGUGGACGAACAGACAUGUAGUUGUAACCAGACAAGUUGGACACAGGAACAGAGGGGUUGAGGGCUCUGCUCAAUGAGCUUACAUGCUAGAUGGAGUGGGGUAAAAUGACAUAAAAAGGUAAGGAUAGUAUUAGACUAGUGACAGUUGCAGAAGAGGAAUCAGUCAGGAGCUAAAACAGUUUAAUUGAUACGCUUUUAUGAAGAAGUGGGUUUUUAACGAUUUUUUUUUUUUUGAAGGAGUGGAGACUGGGUGAGUAUCUAACGGAGGAGGGAAGCGAGUUCCACAAAACCUAGUGCUACACAAUUAAAUAAACAAAAUGAACAAAACAUAGUGUUAUACAAAUAAAUAAAAAAUACACACUAGGAUAGAUUGCACUCACAAGCAUGUGAAAUGAAUACCGCUCCAAUGGUGCCUCCCCCGAUGGGGGACUUUAACCUCCUUCUUGGUUUAGUAGUCACCACUGUUAUUUAGGAACCAGUCAAAACUCCAAAUAGUAGGUAACUUUGACAGCUUUUUUUUAUAUAGCUAUUUUUUUACCAUCACCACCUGUCUAUUAUAUUUAUUUGUUAAAGUUAGAUGAAAACAUAACAUGUUAAAAAACCAAACUCUACACGGCCAAUCGAGACUCUAUGCAUGAUAGCUUUAUGACGGGGCCCUUGCUCAUGUUUUGAGUAAUUUUAGUGUUCCCAUCACGGCCACACAUGUCUGAUACCUACAAACAGUCCAUGCCAGUUAUGUCUGUUUUACAGCUUUGUAUUAAGUAGAGCAUGUACAUGUAUGAGUUUAUGACUCGUGGGACUGUGAGUGCGACAGAGGGUGACUCUGUGUGUGUAAGUGAACGGUGACUACACACAUUCUAUGCCAGUUAGCCUUGAUACAUAGCCUGGGAUUGCGAUGAAGACGUUAUUAAGAUGUAAAAGUACAAGUGUAUAUAUUGUGAGAGUGUGAACGAAAGAGAGUAUGAAUCCAAAUGUGUGUGAGGGGCUGUCUUUUGGUGUGUUAUUGUUUCUCGUUGAGUCCAUCACUGCUAAAUAUUCUAGGAUACAAAAUAGUGUUAUGCAUUGCAAGGUUAAAUGAUUUAGUUUAAUGCCAAACAAUGUGUUAGAUUUGACCAUGCCUGACUAGCUUGUAUAAUUCUACAACAAAAAUACAGAAUAAAAAUAAUAAAUCUGACUUAUUUCUGUUGUCAUUUGAUUCAAAGGCAAAAUCGAUCCGAGAAUUUGACAGAAGGUUCACGUCUGUGAUGUUUGGGUAUCCUACAAUUGAUCACUACUAUAAAGAUGCAAGUCCGUGCCAUCGAGUGAAAUCAAUUGAGAUACCAGUAUUGUGCCUAAAUGCUGUGGAUGAUGUGUUUUCACCUGGGCAUGGUGAGUAGAGGAAUGUAAACAAUGCAGCCAGGCCUAAAAUAAAGCAGGGGUAUUAGGGCUUAGUGGUCAUACCUACUCAGUUGAGAUAAAGCAAAAUCACCAAAGCAUCAUUUAAAUUUGCUAUUGAAAUAUAUGUCGGGGAUGCAGUUGUUACCAGGUGAAGGAUCAUGAAAAACAAAACAAAAAAAAAACACAUUAAAUAAAGUGUAUUCCCAUCCCUGCUCACACUUGCAAUUGAGUUUACCACAGUUUGUCAAAUGUGUCUGUUUUUCAUCUCCUGUCUGACUCUGUAAUCUCUACACCAAUGGUUCUUAAUCUUAAAUACUCCAAUAGCUCACCGAUAGUAUCCAAAGAAACUAACAAACUCACACACAACCCUUAGCACCAUGACAUCUGUAAAUAAUAUGCACCCAAUUGCUGCUUCAUCGCAAGCUGGCUGCAUGAUUGGCAUUGAGUGCAGGGUCAGAUUAAAGGAAACUUUAGUCACCAAAACAACUUUAGCUAAAUGAAACCGUUUUGGGCUAUAUAUCAUGCUACUGCAGUCUCACUGCUCUAUUAUCUGCCAUUUAACCCCUUAGCGACGAGUGAUGGACGAGGUCCGUCACUCAUGGGAUUGCCAUAACGACGAGUGACGGACCUCGUCCAUCACCUGUUAAAAUUAACCCUGGAUCGCCGCUGUCGCGGCGAUCGCAGGGUUAAUGGUGCUCCGGUCUGCCUCUGUAUUAGAGGCAGUCCGGGAGCACCCGAUAGUGCUGCCCCAGCACAUGUGCUCGCUCUGACAUGCACAUGUGCUUAGUAUACUUACCUUCCGCCUCCCUGCACUUCUUGGUUCUGUGUGAAGUGCAGGGAGCCGCAACAGUGCUGAUCCUGCCCCCUGUUAAAAAAAAUAAAAAUAAAGUUUAUUUAAAAUCCUACCCCCCUUUACUCAUUUUAAUUAAAAAUUAACCCCAUAUCCUGCCAGUCGAUCACUGCCUACAGUGAUCAAAAUACAGAUCACAGUAUUAUACUGUGAUCUAAUUUUUUUUUAACCCCUGACGAUUAACUUUUAUUUAUUUUUUAACCCUCAGGGGUUCAAUUUAUUUAAUUAAUUUAAAUAUUUUAUAAUUAUAUAUUUUGCUAGCUGGGGUGGGUGGGAGUUAUGGGAAAAUGGGGAAUUUACUGUUAGUGCUGCUUACUGCUAGUUAGGGUUAACGGUAAAAAAAAAGCUUAGAAAAAUGUUAAAUCUGUAAAAAAAGUUUUAAGAAAGUUUAGGAAAGUUUAAAAAAUUAAUAAGCAAAACAAAAGUUUAAGGGGGGGCGUGGCCUGGACGUUGAUGGCGCCAGUCGCACACUAGCCGAGCUCCUAGGCCCAAACCGCCAUAAUCAGCAUUCUACCCCCUUAUAGCUAGCGAUGGUGCGGACCAAGAAGCAUUCCUGGGGGCGGUCAGACGGGAUGGGGGAAUCGCGGGCUUCGCCUAUAAAGGUCUGGAGCAGAGAGUCGCGGCAUACGCGGAUGAUCUCCUCUUCUUUCUGGCCAACCCACUCAUCUCUCUCCCGAACCUACUAGCAAGGUUCCGGGAGUACGGCCUGCUCUCCAACCUUAAACUCAAUGCUGAGAAGUCGGAAGCCUGCCCUUUAAACCUAACUACCGCAGACACGACUCACCUACGGACACAGUACCCAUUUAAGUGGUGUGCGGAUAAGCUCAAAUACCUUGGCAUAUGGCUCACCGGAGACACGAAGCGCCUAUUCCAGGAGAAUUUUGUCCCCAUUCUCCGCACACUACAGCACGACAUGACGACUUGGGGCGGCCUGUGCAUUUCAUGGUUCGGGAGAAUCAAUGCCUUAAAACUAAACCUUCUUCCGCGGCUUCUUUACCUCUUCCAGACCGUUCCAAUUAUGAUACCCAGGACCUUCUUUCAGACGCUGAAUACGGCGAUGAUAAAAUUUGUGUGGAAGACGGGACGACCUAGGGUUAACGGGGCGCUCCUGUCGCUGCCCAAGAGGAUGGGGGGCUUAGCCCUCCCUUCACUAGUCCAUUACUACAGGGCCACUCACCUGCUUCGGCUGGUGGACUGGCACACACUAAACUCAGACAAGCUAUGGAGGGAACUAGAGAACGUACAAGUGGAUCGAAGGCUGCCAGCCGCGAUAUGGACAGCGCACCCCCUAAAGGACCCUAGAAUGACCCACAACCCGUUUAUCAGGGCCACGACGCAGGUUUGGACUGCCACUCGCCUCAAGGACGGCCUCACUACAACGCCGGGUCCUCUGACCUCUAUUACCCAUAACCCAGAUAUCGCUGACGGACUGCGACCGGGGGAUGUGUUGGGACUCGGGGACCCGGACUGGACGUACAUGAAACAGCUAUGCGCCGCAACGGGACUGAAAACACUGAGGGAACUGAUCCCAGACGGCACCAUCUCCCUAAUGACCAGGUUCCGCCAUCAUCAGAUUCAGCAUUUCUACCGAACCACGGUAGGCAAACAUUUAUUUCAUAGAGACCUAACCACUUUUGAGCACAUGUGUGCGGCCAGGGAUCGACCACUGAAAGGAAUCACACGACUCUACACCCUAUUGCUUACCGCCACACCACGCGCACCACCACGAUAUAUGUCCCGCUGGGAACAAGCGACAGACCAAACACUGACGGACCAACAAUGGGAGAAGAUCCACGUGCUAACACACCAAGGCACGCUCAGUUCAAAACUGCAGGAACUUAACUACAAGAUUAUGGUCAACUGGUAUAGAACCCCAGCGAAACUACAUUGCAUGAACCGAGAAACCCCGGACGUUUGCUGGAGGUGCGGAGCCGAGGGUGGGUCAGACUACCAUAUAUGGUGGUCGUGCCCUACAAUUCAGCAGUACUGGAAGCAAAUUCAUUCUAAAAUCCAAAGCAUCGCGGACCCGGAUCUACCGUUCCAGCCCUUGCCGAUGCUACUCCACCACACCACACGCCCUAUAGCUACAUACAAACGCUCCCUGACCAAACACCUACUAAAUGCGGCAAAAUCCCUCAUCCCCACCAAAUGGCGCACGACGGAGUCACCGUCGAUGGAGCAAUGGAUGGAACGUGUGGAGGACAUCUACAGUAUGGAAUCCCUCUCGGCAUCGCUACACGGCACGGGAGACAAAUGUGCUAUCACCUGGCUCCCUUGGUGCACCUACAUAGCCCAGAGAGGAACCGCAGGAACGGCUGCCACUGGGUAGCGGAGAACCAGGGAAGCUCUAGAUCCGCCCCUCCAGUGAUCAUAUGAGAUACAGGAGUCCGCCUACCAGCCUACCCUCCCCCCCCCCCUCUUCCUCUCUUCUCUCUUCCUUUCCCACUGCACACCUUUCUCUUUCCCCCCAGUCAGGAGGUCAUUGGCAGGACUGUGAUGGUCAGGGGAUAGGGGGAACCCAUGGCCCGGACAGGUGGUCGGGGGUGGGGCCUGGGAGGGGGGGGACACUUUGGAGGUGGACAGCUCCUGGAGCCAAACCCUGGGUGGGGAAUACAGUCAGGUCCAACGGGGGGGACAGGCGGACAUCCCACACUGAGUACCCUGACCAACUCGACGAGCAUGCAACCAUAGCAAACUGGACGCGACGGACAGGGAGUUGACACGCCCCACCCAGCACCAGUACACCAGCGGCUUCCCACGACUGUCCACCAGCUCGGCCCCUUAACUAGAGGUCACCCCCCUAACCGGACGAACCAGAGAGAAUCCCCACCAAGACACCGAACUGAACCCUGACUUGCGCUGAUCAACACACUCCAACUAUGUACAUAGCAUACACUCUUGCACACACAUGAGAAAACAAGAGACAAGAAGAGCGUUCUACCAGGUUGACAGCCCAAAACUAAAUGCCUCAUCUCACGAAGGCGCUCAUGGAGGGCUUGACACAGUUCACUAAAAGUUGCUUGUUACUAUUGUUUUCUACCCAAGGUAAUUGACGAGAGCAUUGAGAUGGGAGGUUGGAUAUAUGGCUAUAUCUGAAAUGUAAAACCUUGAUUGUUAUCCUUCUUUCCCUCUGUUACCCACGUACUUUAUUAUCUCAAUAAAAAUUGAUUGGAUAAAAAAAAAAAAAAAAGUUUAAAAACUAGUUUUUUAAAAGUAAAAAAAGUAAAAAAAUACAUUUAAAAAUGUUUCACAUCAAGGCCCAUCAACUUCUAAAUGUAGCACCGUCUGACUGCUCCCAUCCUAGCACAGGAUUUGGUAUUCCAAAUUUAUGUAGAUUGUAGUCGUCCCCCACCCAAGGGAGGUAGUCCCUUGGGUGGGGGACGACUACAAUCUACAUAAAUUUGGAAUACCAAAUCCUGUGCUAGGAUUUUUCAGUGCAGCUAAAUUCAAGCCGAAUGCAACUAAUAUUUCAACCCAGCCCUAUGCCCGUUUGUGAUUCACUAUAGCUUAUAUGUGAAUUCCUGAGUUUGUGAGUUUAUAUAUUUUAAACUUUGCUUGUAUAAACAAAAAAUUAAAUGUACUUCCAUAUUUAAUUUGCACCUUUCUAUAGUAUGCGAACAUGAAUGCCGUUAAGUUAGGCAAUAAUACCAUGUACUUUUCCUAGUUAAAUUAUUUUGAUAUUAAAGGACCACUAUAGGCACCCAGACCACUUCAGCUUAAUAAAUUGGUCUGGGUGCCAGGUCCAGCUAGGUUUAACCCUUUUUUCUAUAAACAUAGCAGUUUCAGAGAAACUGCUAUGUUUAUAAAUGAGUUAAUCCAGCCUCUAGUGGCUGUCUCAUUGACAGCCGCUAGAGGGCUUCCACGCUUCUCACUGUGAUUUUCACAGUGAGAAGACGCCAGCGUCCAUAGGAAAGCAUUGUGAAUGCUUUCCUAUGGACUGGCUGAAUGCGUGCGCAGCUCCUGCCGCGCAUGCGCAUUCAGCCGAAGAGGAGGAGAGAAGGAGGAGAGCUCCCCACCUGGUGCUGGAGAAAGAGGUAAGUUUAACCCCUUCCUCCCCCCAGAACCCGGCGGGAGGGGGACCCUGAGGGUGGGGGCACCCUCCGGGCACUUUAGUGCCAGGGAAAAAAAGUGUGUUUUCCUGGCACUAUAGUGGUCCUUUAAUCAUGAAGAUGUCAUCAUCCCUGUGAACUACAGGGUCUCAAAACCUUCUCUUAAUUUUUAAUUAAUGACUUUUUCUUGCCAAUAAUUUUUUUCCAUAUUCUGUUAUAUAUCUUGCACAUAGAGGUCAGAGUAAACUGCAGAAGAAUGUCAACCACAUCCUCAUCAAGGCCUUUGGACUAAACAAUUAGCCUUACAGCAACCUGGCUGUUAGAUUGAGAGUUCUGAAAACUUUUUCUGAUACUGGUUGAUUUCAAUGAACUUUUUCCAAUAGAGAAAGUGUUGCUUACAACUUGUGUUCUACAACAAUAGACAAAAAUGAUUUAAUUUAGGUGUUUGGUGAUUUUAUGGCUAAAGGUGAGGUGUUGGACCUAGGAGUAUGAAUUUUCCAGAUUGAGCAGAUUAGUGCCUGUCCACUUGUGAAGGCAAAUACCUACUUGUGAGUACUGCCAACAAUACUAAGGGAUAUGAUUGAGCGUUCAGAGGACUUUUUCUGAUACUGGCUGAUUUUCGCAGAACUUUUUCCAAUAGAGAAAAUAUGGCCUACAACUUGACCUCUUGAUUCUUCCUUGCUGAAAUUAAAAAUAUGACAGGCAUUCCUAACCUGCUUGUUGCCCUCAAGAACAUUUGAAUGCCUUGUUCCUUUUCAAUUUGACUCCACCUCACAACUGAUAUUGUCUGCUAGUAAAUUGUCAGAACCUCUAUGUGGACUGCUGUUUGGAGACCUGUAAGUCUGGAGUGGUGUUUUCCCAAAUGAAAAUGCCCACUUGUAGUCAGACGUUCGAAUUUACACUUUUUUUUUUUUUUUUCUUGGAAUUCUGAGAUCUAUCCUAAUCCUGGUUUCCAGGUUAUGUCUUUGGAAGAAACUAAAUCUGUCAUUCAAGAGAUAUCAUUUUAAAGAUCCAAAGUGAAAGAAAAGAUUUCUGAAGGCUCUUUUCUUGGGGAAGAGCUUCUCACCAUUCUGAUAUCUUUUAGGUCAUUUAACACAGAAAUCCACAAUCUAUCUGUCCUUCUCAAAGGGUACUUUUCAUAAAUUCUUAUUAUUUAUAAACUGCCAACAUUUAGGCAGCAUUAUACAAUGGCAUUCACGAGACACACAAAUAAGCUCAACACAGAAGUAAGAGGGCUCUGCUUAAACAAGCUUACAAUCUAAAGAUUUUUUUUAAAAUGCUUCAUCAGUGGACCAGGAUUUUAGCCAGAUGGCCCGAUGGUUUACAGAUGCCAAUCUCAUCUAUGUGGCAGAUCAUUUAAGAGUCUCUCAUCAGCCGAAUCACAAAUAAAUGUAUCCACUUGCUCUUUUUUUUUGUAGUAAAGCUACAAAAUUGAUUCUUAGAUGACUUUCCAGAUGAGGCAUUUUCCAUCAACUGUAGCAAUAUAUGUAGAUUUUCAGCUGCUUGUAAGCAAAGACAUGCAGUGACCUAAAUAAUCCUUCUAAAAGGUGUUUUUGUUUUUUUGUUUGUUUUUUAUCAGAUCUUUUUGUCCAUAGGAAUGGACGUUUUCUUUAAAAGUUCAGAAUUGGGUACCUAUUCUGUUAACUCUUCAUCUUGCAAUGUAAAAAGGUUCUUAAAAUGUUUUGAAAUGUAUACUCUUUUCUCUCUGCAUCAUAGGAAAAAAAAUAGAAUGGGAAGUGAAUUCUUUAGGCCUCUAUGGUUUCCAAACGCCUUUAUCUUCAUCCAUAACCCUCGUCACUUUUUUAAUCAACUUGUAAAUUUCCUCUGAAGAAAAUUCCAAGGAUUCAUCAACCGGUACACUGAAUGGCUGCGUCUCAAAUGCGCCCCUUCAACAUCCACAUAUCUGAAGAUGCAGAACAAUUAUCUUACAGUAGCUCAGUUUCAGAUGGAAUUUGUGCCCUCUUAGAAUAUUUUUCUAGGCUGUCGGCAAACAGGCUGGUCAGAAUCUGCGGAUUGGAUAGGAGCUGAUUUCAAGACACGAGCAAGGACAUCUACUGCUGAGAUUUUGCCAACACUCCUCUUGAACAUUUAUUUGUAAUGUUUCUUGUUGCAGCCAUUGAGGAGUGCACAUGCCAGGUGUUUGGAUUUAGAAAUAUCCUUAACCCUCUCACCUGUUAUAUCAAGAUAUACCAGAUGAUAUAUCUAUACAAACAUUAUAGAUAUUAAUUAAUCCAAAAUUUAUACAAAUAGAUUUCAAGGGUCCCUCGGACAAACGCACACAGACCUAGACCACAUGGUUGAUUUUCCUGUCCGCUGACGGCACAAGGAACAAACGUACCUGCUCUUCCCCUCUCAGCCCUCCCCAUCCUCCCUUUUUUUUUUCUCUUUCUUCCUCUCACUCUUGAUAUUUCUUCUCUCCACCCAACCACCCCCUCCCCCCACCCCCUUGGCACUCUGUCACCUUCUGGUCCCCCUGCCCUGACAAGAUGACCAGCUACCCAACUGACCUGACUAUUUUACCUCUUAGACAGCUGACGGACACUCACCCAGAGGUACAGCGCUCUUCAGUCCUGUAUCUCAGAUCCAACUAGAUGGGCAGGUGGGCCGCUACCAUGCCCUAAUAAAACUACUCCUUUUACAUAGUGCAAGUUAUACAAGUGUGCUACUGUGUUAUUGGUUGGCUGUUACACCGAUAAAUUAUAAAAUUAAGGAAUACUAGAAUAGAGAUUUACAUUAUGUUCGAGUUAUGAGAACUAAAAGUGUACAAUAUUUAGGAUUUACGAAACUGUCUACUGCCAGUUUAUUUACCAUACAUGUUGUAAUGUUGAUACUUCCCCCCCCAUAUGCAUGUAGAGUCAAACCAUGCUGUAUACUGUUCUUGCUUUUCUACCAUGAGGCUUGCAUUGAUUACAUAUCAUUGAAUAAUGAAAAACCGACAAAGAUUGUGGAAAAAAAAACAACUAGAUUUCAAAGAGUCAAGAAGAACCUUUCCUUAGAGAGGGAUGGUGGUGUGACACUAGACAUAGUUUCUGAGUGCAGGGGAGGGCUGGCAGCAAAACCUGGCCUCGGGGGCAAAACCAGUGAAGUGGCCCAUUGCACCACCAAAUCAGUUCACCAUCCAUGCCCACCUUUUCCUGGUUAUAUAACGGAUAUUGAUGUUAUGCUAAUCAGUAGCUCUUUGCCAUACCCGCUCCUUCACUGAUCUAACUUUCAAUGUUGUCAGAGCGCAGGCUGAGAAUCUCUGAGCCUGUGCUCUGACUCACUAACUGAGCGUCGGAACCAUGAGGGAGAGGAUAUAAUCUGACUGCACCUACUGCUGGUGCGCACCAGUGGACCACCAGCGAAUCGUUUAAAUUGAAUAUGCUGGUGUCCCCAACUUGUGAGCUGUGUUGGCCGCCGGGCGCCUCUAUUGUGAUGGCACCCUUCGUGACCGCACAGCGUGCACACCCCAACGGCUGGCCCUGCUGACACACACUGAUGUUACUACUUAGAAAUCCCUCAAUAUUAAUACAGACAUCAGAGUAAACACCAAUAAACUGUGGAAACAGAGCUGAUCCCCCCAAAUUUAUAAAGAUUUGCUUACUGGAUUUGUUGUAAGAUUAAAUCAUGCCUCCUCCUCUCUCUCCCAUGCGCUGCUCUGUAGGCUGGGAGGAAGUGAAGAGUAAUCACAAUCUCCCAGCACAGCGGCACCUGUGGCUGCAUGGGGAACAGCUGUUUAAUGUAAUGCUUGCAGGCCGGCCAGCUGCAGCAGAACCUCUUUGUUCCCGUCUCUGCAAAGGGCUCCAGGCACUGCUUGUUGUGAGUGUGAGCCACUGUAAAUUAGGGGCAGAGGGCACUUGCACUGCGGUAAAGACGGGUCUGGGCAGGAGGAGAGUGCAGUGCAAUCAGUGCACUCCUCUCCUGUGGGUCACCAGUAGACUGGUGCACCUGCCCAGGAUCACACAGUGUGUGUUUACAUUAAAAAGCCUGCAGGGCCCGGCUAUAGACACCAGAACCACUUCAUUAAGCUAUAGUGUCCCUUUAAUGUGAGGUAAAUUAUAGAUUAGUGUCACUAAUAAUAUACUAGAUUGCCUACUUACAACCAGAUGAGGAUGAUGAUGGGCUGCAGUUUGGCUCCACUGGUCUGGUGUAGAAGAGGAUCUCUGGAGGCUGUUUGCAACUGUGGUCACAAAAUUCAAUGUUCUGGGAGAAUUGGAAGCAGCUCCAUUUUUUGGGGGCCCCUUACACAGCCAAAGGUCUGGGCCCCAGGGCCUGAUGGUGAGUAUGCCCAUAAGGCCCACUCAGUCCACUUAUAUAUUCCACCCACCCAUGAGUUUGUGUUAUGUGUUAUUGUAGAGGAUCCAAUAUAAGUGCUUAUGAUAUGUAGUGUAUAGCGAUACCAGUUAGGUGAUGCAGUGUGUUUGUGUGUAGUGGAAGCAGUGUGUAUUUGUGUAUAAGGGAUGUAUUGUGUGUUUCUGGUUGUGUGUAAGGGAUGCAUUGUGUGAAUCUGUGUUUGUGUGCAUAUAGGGAUGCAAGGUGUAUGUCUGUAUGUGUGUGCAUUGAGCGUAAGAGAUGCAUUGUGUUUCUGUGUGUAUGUAAGAAAAGCAGUGUGUGUGUGUGUUUGCAUGUGUGUGUAAGGGUUUGCAUUGUGUGUUUCUCUGUGUGUAAGGGUUUGCAUUGUGUGUUUCUCUGUGUGUAAGGGAAGCAUUGUGUGUGUGUGUGUGUGUGUGUGUGUGCGCGCGUAGUGUGAAAUAGCUCCAUGUCUUGCCCCCUAUCCUAUAGAGCCUUCCCUUCUGUCCCUUAGAGCUCUCCCCUGCCCCUAAGUGGUCUCUCCUCUCCCCCACCCUCCCCUAGCGGUCUCUUCUCACACUCACCCCCACCCUCCCUGUGCUGUUCUCCUCACCCCCUCCUCCCUGUGUUCUUCUUACUUCCCCCCCUUGUUCUUCUUACUUCCCCCCCUUGUUCUUCUUACUUCCCCCCAUGUUCUUCUUACUUUGAUUUCUUCUUACUUCCCCAACUUGUUCUUCUUACUUUACUUGUUCUUCUUACUUUCCCCUUGUUCUUCUUACUUUCCCCUUGUUCUUCUUACUUCCCCCUUUUUAUUUUCCCCUUGUUCUUCUUACUUUCUUCCCCUUGUUGUUCUCUUACUUCCUUGUUAGUCUUACUUCCUUGUUAGGUCUUACUUCCCCUUGUUGGAGUCUUACUUCCUUGUUAGUCUUACUUCCCCCUUGUUAGUCUUACUUCCUUCUUCUUCUUCUUCUUACUCCCCUUCUUCUUGCUCUUCUUACUCCCUUCUUCUUCUUCUUCUUACUCCCCUUCUUCUUCUUCUUACUUCUUCUUCUUCUUCUUCUUCUUCUCCCUCCUUCUUCUUCUUCUUCCCCCCUUCUUCUUCUUCUUCUUACUCCCCUUCUUCUUCUUCUUCUCCCGCUAUUCUUACUCCCUUCCCCUCUCUUCUUCUUCUUACUCCCCCCCCUAUUCUUACUCCCCCCUCUCUUUACUCUCCGCCUCUCUUUUUACUCUCCCCUCUCUUUACUCUCCGCCCCUCUUUUUACUCUCCCCUUCCCUGUAGCGUGGCCCAGCUUCUCUCCGGUCCGUGGUGCCCGGCCGGAGUGAUAGGAAGGUGCACUCAGUGUGGCUGGACUGACGGGAGUAAGAGAGGAGCUCGGCCACGCUACAGGGAAGGAGAGGGAAGGGGAGAAGCUGUGCUGCAGCUGCCAGAGGCUCUUAACAGAGCGCUCAGGCGGCUGCAGCAUUAGGACCGGCCCUGCAGCGGCCAAUCUUAAAAGGAUUUAGGGCGGCCUGGGGGGCAAUUGCCUCCCAGCCCGCCCCUGUCUGAGUGGGAUGGCCAAUAGGCACUAAAUAAUACUGUAUUUGUUCAGGCAGAAAUUAUUUAAUUUAGGUGUUUGGUGGUUUUAUGGCUAAAGGUGAGGUGUUGGACCUAGGAUUAUGAAUUUUCCAGAUUUAGCAGAUUAGUGCCUGUCCACUUGUGAAUACUGCCAACAAUACCAAGGAAAAGGGAAUAUGGUGAUUAAAACUAGUUUUCAAACGUAAUUCACAGUGAUGAUGUCAUCUUCACAAUAAUGUAUUUAACCUGGUGUUACAUUGUCAUCAUUGCUAUAAUACACCAAUACAAAUGAUGAUCUCCCUGCUAUAGGAAUAUGUGUAUAUAUGUAUAUUUGUAGCUUUAUCUGUAUUGCAAUUUAGAACUAACAGGUUAUGGAUAAAAAAAUAUUUCAAAAUAAUGUUCCAUAUUUUGAAAUGAUAUGACUGGAAUGAUUUGGAAAAAAAAUUAAUUAAUUUAAAAGUCACACUCUGUAAAACAAGAACCUAGUUUGGAUGAAUAACACAUUUUAGUGUUUAAUGUUACCUUAAAUGUAAAUAUCUGUUUAUUUUCCAGCAAUCCCUGUGGAAUGUGCCAAACAAAAUCCAAAUGUAGCACUCGUCCUUACAUCGUAUGGAGGCCAUAUUGGUUUUCUUGAAGGAAUCUGGCCACGUCAGCAAACAUACAUGGAUAGAGUCUUUAAGCAGUUUGUCCAAGCUAUAUUUGAGCACGGCAAUGAAAUCUACAAUAUGUAACAUAAGAUUGUUGGGUUUUUUUUUUGUUGUUGGUUUUUUUUAGAUUUGUCAAGUUCAUUAAUGUAUAGCAUCAGGUUCUGCUCUAGCAAAUCAGCUUAUGCACAAGUUAACCCACGAGUUGUUGAUGAGUCUGGGAUUAACCCUUCUGAACGUGAGAGAGUUGCCCAACGGCAAAACACAACCCUCUGAUAUUUAACAGUUUAAGCGUCUACAGAAGCAUUGGGGUUAACAAAAAAGCCAAAAUGCCAGUGAACUAGACGUAAGCAUCUGGCAUUCAAAAACUUGCACAUACUGUUUUGUAGCCAGACCUUACAUGUAGGAAUGUUAGCCUUUUCUAAUUAUUAUUAUUUGUAUGUUCUACCAAGAAAGACCUUAAAGAAAAAAAGGCUCUACAUAUACUGUAUUGCACUCAACCAAAACCGUAAUACACAGAACUACAUUCCUCAGGGUUUUCAUACACAAUAACUUCUGCUUUGCCUAGAAAUGCAAGCAUUACCACAUGACAGUUUGAAGGGUUAGCAAAUCCUGAUUUGUUUGAAUGUAAUGCAAGCUCAUGAGGGCAAUGUGGGAAAAAAAAACAAUAAAAUAUUGAAAUGAAGAUGAUAAAACUGCAUAUAUUCAUUCGAUGCAUUUGACUAGAAAGCAUGGAGUAUAGUGUUAUUCAAAUUGUUCCUCACUAAUUUAUUAUAUCCUCUGACGUAGAGGGGAUAACCUAUUUUAUGUCCUACUAAAUCACGUUUAUUUACAGAUUUAUUUUAUAACCAGCUACUUUAGAAUGUACUAUAAUAUAUCUAUUUUUGGUUUAUUACAUUAAAAUAAAUAAUGCACUUUUAAACUUUCUUGAAUGGUCCAUAUAUCUGCUGAGUGUGUAAUAUAUUUAGAAUUUGUCUUAAUUGAGUCUUCUGAGUUGAUUUUAAUAAUACAAUCUAG